GUUAGUAACUGCCAGGCAGUGGUCCUCGGUGCCCGGGGGAAGUUGGAGGCUGAGAGCGGGCGGAGCGGAGGGAGAUUGUCGGGGAUGAGCGCUGCCGGUCUGCGGUCCUAGCUCCCCCCCCCCGCCGGGGAGAUGAAGAAGUUUUUCAGUUUCGGGAAGGGGAGGAAGCGGGGUCUGUCCCCCAGCGGCUCGGACACCGGCAGCGUCCUCUCCGCCGGGUAUGAGCUGCAGGAUAAGGAGCUGGGCAAACUGCACCGCGCUGCCCUCACCGGGGAGCUGGCCAAGAUCAAACAGCUGCUGAAAAAACAGGACAUCAACCAGCAAGAUAAGGCGAACAGGUCAGCAGGAUGGGCUACCGGCAUGUGGGGGUCAGCAGGAUGGGCUACUGGCAUGUGGGGGUCAGCGGGAUGGGCUACCGGCAUGUGGGGGGGGCGGGAUGGGCUACCGGCAUGUGGGGUCAGCGGGUGGGCUACCGGCAUGUGGGGGUCAGCGGGGCGGGCUACCCGGCAUGGGGGUCAGCGGAGCUACGGCGUCAGCCAGGCUACCGGCAUGUGUGGUGGGGCGGGUCAGCGGGGGCUAACGGCGGCUGGGGGCCGGCAUGUGGGGCAGCGGCGGCUACGGCAUGUGUGGGUCAUGGCGGCUACCGGCAUGUGGAGUCAGCGAAGCGGGCUACCCGGCAUGUAAGAAGUCAGCGGGACGGGCUACCGGCAUGUGGGGGGCAGCGGGACGGGCUACCGGCAUGUGGGGGUCAGCGGGACGGGCUACCGGCAUGUGGGGGUCAGCGGGACGGGCUACCGGCAUGUGGGGGUCAGCGGGACGGGCUAGUGACAUGUGGGGGUCAGCAGGAUGGGCUACUGGCGGAGGGACCACUGACAUUUGGGGGACAUGGAGGGACCACUGACAUUUGGGGGACAUGGAGGGACCACUGACAUUUGGGGGACAGGGAUGGACCAGCGGCAUUUGGGGGACAGGGAUGAAAUCCCAUCAGAUGGGAGUCUGGGAAGGUCUGUGACACGUUGGGGACCACCAGCAUGCAGGGGAUAAGGAUGGGUCAACUGUGCACAUGGUGGAGCAUGCAGUCAAGCAAUUCUGGACUAGUGAAGUUGUAAAUGUUGGUCAGGAGAGCUUGAGUUCUCUGGGUUGGAUCAGUUUUUGAGGGGCGCAGAGAUGGAGCAGUGAAGCACAGAGGGGCCUUGUGUUGGGCGCAGGGGAUGGAGCAGCAGAACUCUGUAGAGCAGAAUAAGUUACAUAAUUCAUGUACUGAAUUAAAAUUCAAAAUAGGAGGCUUUUAGGACCCUUUAAAUAACAGCUGAUCUAGUGGAAUGUCACAGUUUGAAUUUAAACAGUGGUCUAUACCAUGGGAGAGUUAGAAUGAUCAUGACAAAGCCCACACUAGUCAACAAUCUCUAGGCUUGAUAUAGUUCGAUAAAAAUAUGUUGCUGAAGAAUUUGAAUAUUAGUAGAAUAUAGAAUAUCUUAAAAUAUUGCAAGAUACCGUGGUGUUUUCUCACUAAAUAGAGAACUGUCAGAAAUUAACUAGGUAAUAGUAAAUUUUGGGUCAAAAUGGGAAAAGUUCUCCAAUGUUACCAAUUCUACUGAUUUGUAUUCAAAUUUACAAUCUCCUUGUCAGUUCAACACAAUUCCAGGAUGAAUUCAUAAACUACAAAAGGGGAAUAUAGCCUUUCUGGAUAAAUUGAUACAUUCACGACUUUCAGCCUACAUGUUCCUAUCCGGAUGUAAAUUUGACUAAUUUCAUGGUUUAGUGUAUACACCAGACUUUUUUUUUUUCUCCCCCACUAAAUUUUCAUUGUUGGAAAAAAUUUUGAAUUCUUAUCCUGAAAACCUACCUGACUGCGAUAUUUUUAUUUAUUUAUUAUAAUUCUUUCCCAUUUUAGCCAAUGACCUGGUCAAUCGUGUAACUCAGAAUUUCGAAGUAUGAUAAAUAACCCUAACAUAAUGAAUGUACGAUUGGCCUGGUUAUUGAUAGUGUAACAUUUCUAAAGAUAACCUGUUUACAUCUUUUUUUAUGGAGUCUUUUUGCUCUUUAUCUAAAUGUACUAUUCUGUGCGGAUUAUAUCCCAUCAUUAGUGUAGCAGCUUCUUGACUGUCCUGUGUGACUUAAUAUGUUGUAAAUGGAUUACUGUUUGUCACUUUGUCUUUGGUUAAUCUGUAUCUUCUUGUUUAAUCUCUGUCAGUUUUGGAUUGCUGCACUCUUUUUAUAUUGAGUUAAUUAUCUCUAUUGAAAAGUGCAGAGUUUGUCAGGAGCCAUGUAGAAAUGUUUGUGUACUGGUUGCCAUAGUAGCUGGAGCAUUCCUACAUGCCUAAGGUGUAAAUUUCACUCAACAAAGGCUCUUUAAAGGAAUCCAGUAAUUACUUUUUGUUUAGUUCGGUUGUAGUUGGGUAACAUUCUGAGAAGCCAUGCUUAUCUCUGUUUCAGUGGCAGUUUUGCCAGUAGAACCAAUUAAUCAAUAGACCAUAACCAUCUGAAUUUAAAUGGCCACUUCGGUGUGAUGCAAUAUAAAGUACUUUAACAUAACGAACUGCACUUGUGGGUGCGUGUGUAUUACAUAUGCAAAUGGUACCCACUCAUAAAAAUAAAAAAAAAUUAAAAAAUAAAUUUCGCUGUUUGUGCCUUGUGUGUAGCUAUGUGCAAUUGCAUUAUGCCCAAGUUUUUGCGGUGUGUUCCAGCACAGAGUUGUACUUCUUGCUACAAAUUAUAUCAAAUAACUUGCAGCAGAACUGGUCUUGGUGUAAAACAUUUUUUUUUUUUUUUUUUUCCUUUAAUAAUCUGGAAUACUUAUUCAGAGAUUUCCUAUUUACAUUUUACAUGCUAAUAAUUUUUUUGCGUACAGUGUUUUCAUGGUGUGAUGUCUGGCACCUACAUAGCUAUGUGCAAUGGUAAUAUUGCUGGGGGGUUUCUGAGAUAUCAGAUUCCUGAUUUAUGGAAGAAAAAUAAAAUGCAACAACCAUGUUGCAUUGCACCGCCCUCUCAAAACAAAACGUGUGAUUUGCGCUAUAAAUUGGUUCAACCAUACUUUACUUCUUUUAUAUUAGGUGCACUCACAUUUAAUAAAUACAUUUUUUUUUUUUUUUUUUUAAAGAUAUAUCUAUCAUUUUGUUCAGGACAAAUAGGGCUUUCAUUUCACAUCAAAUAUUUAUAUAUGAAACAUAAUUUAAUAAGAAUAAAUUUUUUAAAUUUGAUAAACUAAGAAAUUUUAUUUUUCAAGUUUUGCACUGCAUUUUAACUAUGAAUGUUAUAAUACGGUUAGCUUUUACUGCGAUCAAAUACACAUAUUUGUGUUCAGCAAUAUCUCACGAGUACAACCGCACCCCCAUGUACAGAUUUUAGGAGAUUUUUGGAAAGUUACAGGAUUAAAUAUAGGGCAUUCCUAAAUCAAAAUGGGGUAUGUCCAGUCAUUUUUAGUAGCCACAAAUGCGUGCCAAAGUUAGCAUUCAUAUUUUAUUUUUGCAUUUUUUUUCACACAAAAACUGCACUGUAACUGAACAUAACAUUGUCGUGAUACGUUUUGCUGUUUUGAAACUCAUAUUUGAUAGGCAGAUCCCUGCAAUUGUGUGUGUGUGUGUGUGUGUGUGUGUAUAUUUAUAUAUACAUACAGCUCUGCGCCAAUGAGCAUCUCCUCACAGAGAUGUUUUGAGUCAUUGCAGCUCUGUGAGGAGCGUUCAGCGUCUCCAUACAGAGCGUACAUGCUGCACACUGUGCAUCACUGAGAUAGAAGCACCUCUAGUGGCUGUCUGAGUGACAACACCUAGAGCAGGCGGAAAUGUUAGCAGAAUGCGUGGUUGUAUAGGGAGAGAUAUUAGCAGUAGAAAGAGGGAAGUGCUCAUUGUACAGAACACUGGUGAGACCUCACUUGGGGAGUAUUGUACGCAGUACUGGAGACCGUAUCUUCAGAAGGAUAUUGAUAAUUUAGAGAGGGUUCAGAGAAGGGCUAGUAAACUGGUUCAUGGAUUGCAGGAUAAAACUUACCAGGAAAGGUUAAAGGAUCUUAACAUGUAUAGCUUGGAGGAAAGACGAGACAGGGGGAAUAUGAUAGAAACAUUUAAAUACAUAAAGGGAAUCAACACAGUAAAGGAGGAGACUAUAUUUAAAAGAAGAAAAACUACCACAACAAGAGGACAUAGUCUUAAAUUAGAGGGACAAAGGCUUAACCCCUUCGCGACCCAGGACGGUUCAGGACCGUCAUCUGCAUUUUUGCAUUGCCGACCGAUGACGGUCCUGAACCGUCCUAACGGUCUUAGUUACUUACCUGAUCGCCGUCGUUCACCCGGCGGCGAUCAGCGUGGCUCCGGUUGUGGGGAGACUGCCUGCAGCCUAGACAGUCUCCCCACACUGAAUUAGGACCCCUGUGGCCAUGUGAUCGCUCAACAGAGCGAUCACAUGGUCACAAUAGGUGUCCAUGUGUCUGCCUGCAGGGGGACUGUCUGUGCUGACAGGCAGUCUCCCUGCUAGUGUAAAAUCAAUAAAAUAAAAAUAAAGUUAAUGUUAAUAAAAAAAAUAAUAAUAAUUAUAUAUGUGUCUAUAUAGCAUAUAUAUAAUGCCAUACUAAGUGUAUUUUUAUAUUAUGUACUUAUAUUAAUAUAAAAAUACACUUUAAAUUACACACGUGUAUAUAUAUAAUAUAUAUAAUAACUAUAUAUAGUGUGUGUGUGUGUGUGUGUGUGUGUAUAUAUAUAUAUAUAUAUAUAUAUAUAUAUGUGUGUGUGUGUGUAUAUAUAUAUAUAUAUAUAUAUAUUAUUAUUAUAAAAUAUAAAUAAGUAAUUUAAACUAAAUACAUUUUUUUUUAAAUAAUAAAAAAAAUUUAAAAAUAUAGCUAUAUGAAAUUUUAUUCUAACUGUAUUUUAAAAUUAAUAUAUAUUUAUAUUAAAAUACACUUAGAAUGAAUUUGUAUAUAUAUCUAUAUAAAAAUAAAUAAAAAUAAUAAAUACAUAUGUCCAUAUACAAAAUUAUAUAAAUAUACACGUAGACUUCAAAUAUAUAAAUAUGCAUAUAUAUUUAAAUUCUACGUGCGUAUUUAUGUAAUAUUUUUACAUAAUUCAGUAAUUUUAUUGAUUGCAAUUUGAGGGACCUGCCUGCCAACCCAGGCCGAAAUUCCAGAGAAUUUAAUUUGCUAGCACUGUAUUUUACCCUGUAAAGUUCUACGACACCCUAAAACCUGUACAUGGGGGGUACUGUUUUACUCGGGAGACUUCGCUGAACACAAAUAUUAGUGAUUCAAAACAGUAAAACAUAUCACAGCGAUGAUAUUGUCAGUGAAAGUGACUUUUUUUGCAUUUUCACACACAAACAGCACUUUUUACUGAUGAUAUAAUUGUUAUGAUACGUUUUCCAGUUUUUAAACACUAAUAUUUGUGUUCAGCGAUGUCUCCUGAGUAAAACAGUACCCCCCAUGUACAGGUUUUAUAGCAUUUUUGAAAGUUACAAGGUCAAAUAUAUGGGUCAAAUAUUUUUACAUUGAAAAUGGCCAGGUUGGUUACGUUGCCUUUGAGAGCGUAUGGUAGCCCAGGAAUGAGAAUUACCCCCAUGAUGGCAUACCAUUUGCAAAAGAAGACAACCCAAGGUAUUGCAAAUGGGGUAUGUCCAGUCUUUUUUAGUAACCACUUGGUCACAAACACUGGCCAAAAUUAGCGUUCAAUUUAAUUUUUUUUACUUUUUUCACACACAAACAAAUAUGAAUGCUUACUUUGGCCAGUGUUUUCGACUAAGUGGCUACUUAAAAAGACUGGACAUACCCCAUAUUGAAUACCCUGGGUUGUCUACUGUAAAAAAAAAAAAUAUGUACAUGUGGGGUGUUAUUCAGAGAUUUAUGACAGAUAAAAGUGUUACAAUGUCACUAUUGAUAAAUUUUAAAAAUGUAUAUUUUGAAACCGCAAUAUCCUACUUGUACCUAUAGCCCUAUGACAUACGCAAAAAAGCACGUAAACACUAGGUAUUUUUAAACUCAGGACAAAAUUUUGAAUCUAUUUAGCAGUUUUUUUCAUUCGCUUUUGUAGAUGAGUAAAAGAUUUUUCAAGUAAAAGUCAAAAAACAUGUAUUUUUUUUUUUUUAAUUUUUCAUCAUAUUUUUUUUAAUUAAAGUAAACCCUGCCUUUUCUCUGAAAAGGCAGCGUUUACAGGGCUCAGCCUCCAGGGAUAGGCUAUAGACACCAGAACCAAUACCUUGAGCUGUGUUGGUUAUGGUGCCUAAUAGAGUCCAUUUAAAACUAAUAAAACAAUUCCUAACCGUUUUAUGGUUUGGCCACCUAUUAGUCAUGACCUCUGCCCCCUUUGCACAUUACACACAGGCUGGGGAGGUGAGGGGAAAUUGCUUUUGUCAUUGCCUUAACAGUACAGUGGCAUCAUGCUGUUUGUUUAAAUUAUAGACCACAUAGGUCUAACCCCAUGCUGAGAAUACAGCUCUUGUCAUCUCUUUAACACUUGGAGUGCUAGAUGCAGGAUAGCCUCAGUGUACUUACCACUGCUUAAGUGAACUUUACUCUUUAGCUGUGUACUUAUUUAAAAUUCCAGAUUUUGCUAACUUUUGUGGUGUAAAUUCACAAUUUUUUAUUAAAGACAGAAGGCAAGUAUUAUGUUAUAACCCUUUUCUACUACUCCUAUAGCAGCCAAUAUGAAAAACAUUGAUAUUUUUAAACCCUAAGAACAUACCUGUCGUUAACAUACCAACCAAUCACAGCCAAGUCCAGUCUAUUAAAGGUACUACGUAGAAUCUUCUUCCACUUUCUGGUUUGCGACGACUCAGUAAUUCAAUAUUUCCACAAAGAGUAAAAAAGGAUAAAAUAUGUAAUGAUAAAAACAAAACAUUCAAAAUGUGAGGAUAAAACAGAUGGCAAGGAUGAUAAUUUAAACAUAACAAAUGUUCUCAUGUUUGUGACCAAGUCUCCAAUCACUCUGAAAAAGAAGAAAAAUCAAUGUGAAUUGAUUAAUGUGAAAUGAAAAAAACAAAGUAAAUAUAUUAUAAACCUGUGGUUGGUAAGUAAACACAAAGUGAGUGGGAUGAUACUUGUCACAAUUUUAUUAAAGACGGGAGCCAUCAUUUAAAGCUAGAAACGGGAGCCUCGUAUUAUGCUAGUUUAAAGCUAAAGACAAUUAUUUAGAACAUGCAACCUAACGUGAGGAUUACGAUUAAAGUAAAAUUGCUUAAACGUAGAGUCUAAAGACGUACUAGCCACUUUCUGGAUAUCAUGCAGACUACUUCCCAAAAUAUAAGCUUUGGUAGCCAUCGCUGAUCUAGUGGAAUGGGCUCCAUAUAAGGAGAUAUCAGUACCAGCUCAAUACGUGACACAUUUUAACCAUCUUGCAAUAGUAGGGCUAGACACUGGAAAAUAAGGUUCAUGAAAAGCUGAUUUCUGUUCAUAAGACUUUAAACAAUGGGCAACACCCAAUUUAAGAUUGUGGGGAAAUGCUAGAUAAAACACAGAAUUUAAAUUGGUCUUAGUUCGUGUUACCAUCUGGAAGGUUACACCAUCAGGGGAAAAACAUUUUUGGUUUAUAUCCAGUGCUCUAACAUCUGAGAGACGUUUCAAAGAAAUUAAACACGACAACGUACCAAACGCAAAAGCUAAAAAUGUUAAUGAUAAUGAUUGUCUUCCUAGAUUCUAGUAAAGAUAAAACGACAUUAACGUCCCAAGAUCUCUAGGGCGUAUUAGAAUACCUUGCAAAUUAAAGGAUGUUGACCAUUAGAUAAAUUGUCUAUAAAAAAAUAUGCCUGGCAGAGAUGGCAUAGCUAAAUAUGUUAAAAGCAUAUGGUUUUCCUUGAUCACAGCAAUAUGAAGAGGCGUGAAGGAAAGCCGAAAUAUGCACUUGCUACAAUGGUAGUAAAACUGUCAGCAGUACAUCAGCUAGGAUUCCCAAAACCUAGCAAGCAAUACAGACUAUAACAGAGUGACAAACUGCAACCAAAAAGUGUAGUGUUUUUAUAUCCAACACCGUAGUAUCAGUAUAAAUGUAUGUAUAUAAUUACAUAUACUUCUUUGAAGUCAGUCAGUACAAAUCUUGAUCAAUUGUAUAACCUCAAAAGAACAAAAUAGUGCAAUAUGUAUCUUAUAUUUGCAGUGCUUUGUGAAAAAGUAUAUAGAGGACAAACUCACAUUUUACUGAGCUACUAAGAGCUCUGCUGAAUGUCGCCUGGACGGUACAAUCCCCGUCUUAGGAUAUGUGAAGCUUUGUUAUGGGUGACGUCCGGUAUAUGUAGGAGAGAUAAAGCAGGAAAAGACUUAUGGUAUAAUAUAUCAAUACACAACAUAGAUGAUGAAAAAUGGUAUCCUACUUACAAUUUCCAGAGCAAUUACUUGCUCUGGUUGGAAAAGGUCUUGGUGGUAUUCUCCCCACUUGGGAUGUGCAGGAUGAUUAUAAACCAGGAAAUAUGAUGACCGGUAUAAAAUAAAAAAGGGACUUGUGUGUAUAUAUAUUUAAACAGACUGUAUUCAGUAUAAUAUUAAAAUAGGGAAUGCUCUAUAUCAAACAAAUAAGGGAUAAAAGGUCUUCCAAUACAACACUUGAUGCGUUUCACCCAGCAGGGCUUCCUCAGAAGAGUCGUGUGUGAUAAUUGACCUUGGCACCUGGUGCCCAAGCUUCUCAUAAGAUCAUCUGAGUUCGUUGUGAAAAUUCAUCUUGUAUUGAUGAUUCCCUGAAAUAGUCUAGCUUCUAGAGUCUUUUGAUUAUCCAAAAUUAGUGUGAGAUUCUCCCUUGGUAUUUUUCAGAAGAUCCUACAAGGCCCAAAAAAAAAAAAAACCUGAGUGAGAUCAUUGAGUAAUUCCAAAAGAUGUAGAAACCAUGGUUGCGUUGGCCAUAAUGGGUUAUUAAGACCAAGGUUGCCAUGUGACAUUCUAUUUGAGACAACACUCUGGGAAUCAUUGCAAAUGGAGAAGAAGCGUAAUGUUUUCCUUCUGACCAAUCUUGUAAGGAGGCAUCUAAUUCUAAAACUUCUGGAUCCAGACACCAACUGAAAAACUUCGUUAACUGGUGAUUUUAAACAAGACGCAAAAAGGUCCAUGUCUAAUGGACCCCCACGUCUGUUGAAUAGGUAAUUGUGUAAUUUCCAAUUGCUUGUGUCAUAGAGAUGCCUGGAAUUCCAAUCGACCACUACAUUAGGUAAUCCAGUAAGCUUUCAGUGUAAUUGCCCAAAAAUACCAAGAAUGUUUUGAUAAUUCUGCUAGGUCUUUUGAUUUGUUGCCUCCUGGUCAAUUGAGAUAUUGGACCGCAGAAAUGUGGUCCCUUUGUAGAACAAUUCAACAGUUGACUGUGUCCUUGGCUAGACUUUUGAGAGCGAACGAUCCUGCAAGUAAUUUGAGACAAUUGUAUAUGAAGCUCUGAUUCCUGUUGGGAUAAUUUCUUCCCCGAAAUCGAAAAUUCAGGGCCGAAAUCGAAAAUUCAGGAUGCCCUUGGCCGAAAACUGAAAAUUACUUUUUUCCCCAAAUGAUUUAAAAAAAAUUUUUUUUCUAUAAUUUUAUUAAUAUUAGACUAUUAGACACAGUGUGGGAGGGGGUGACAGUGACUGAGGGAGGGGGUGACAGAGCGUGGGUGUUAGAAAUACCAUAGCUUCUAUCUCCAUUACUGACAAUGAAAGAGGUGCUCAGUUACAGAAAGUUGCUGAAUACAGCAAUGCGGAUUUUAACAUAUAAUUUUAUCACAGCCGUUACAAACACAUCUUUGUUAAACAUUGGGGAAAAUUUUUAAUCCCAUUUAAAAAAAAAAUAAGAAUUAAAUUAAGAAUAUUACACGGCAGCACUUUUCCUGUGGGGCCCACCCUCUAUGUAGAGAUGAUAUGUGUCCAAGAAAAAUUGUGCAUUUAGCAAUCCUAAAGCUAGCCCCUGCUUCCUCCCUCGGAGUCUAGAAUGCCAGUUGAGAAAGUGUGGGCCUCUGUGUAACAUGGAAGAUUCCAUUCACGAAAAGGGGGUGUUUUUUCUUACUUGAAACCACAGAGCAGCUAUGAAUCCCUGUAUUCCUCCCAACCCCUGCUGGCCCCAUUUGCCGCACACAUUGCUCGUAGAAGGGGCCACCUGAUGGGUGGGGUCUGAGAGCCGAGUCCUGCACCCUGCUCCCCACUGGUACCAGAGACCCCCCCUCCGCCGCCAGACUCGGAUGGUGAAUCCCGGGAUACCAGAUAAUAGCAGCCGCGUUCAAUUGUUUCCCUCCCCCGUGGGAUUCCCACCGGGACCGGUCCCCGCGGGCAGCCCAGACUGGGAACACCGGGCACAGCCCGCUCACCUGGAAACGGCACAGGAGCUUCCCCACCCGGGAUCCGUGUCAUGGGGCUGGCAGUGCUGGGGGCAGUGGCGGGUUGGGGGGCUGUCAAAUGGCAUUUUAAUUUUCGGCAGAUUUGACUGAUUUUCGGAUGAAAUGGAAUAGGUCGCCGAAAUUUCAGUGCACCCCUAAUGGAAAAUAUAAAAUGAAAUAAGAGGGCAAGAUGAAAUCGUAUUAAAGGUUAUAUAAAACAAGAUGGGGUUUAAAAUUCUUUACAAAUUAAAUAAAUGCAAAGAGAAGAAAUAAUAGUAAUCAAAUCAUAGAAUAAAUAGAGGGAUAAAAUACAGUCGUAGUUAAGGUAAGAGAUAAAUCAAAGCAAAAUAUAUGAAGUAAUACUAUACAUGAAAUUUCAAACGGUACUUCUCUCUAGCAUGGAGUGGCAAAGAAAAGGCAAGAACAUUCUACGCACCACCUAUUAUAGACUGGACUUGGCUGUGAUUGGUUGUUAUAUCACAGAAGUUAUGUUCUUAGGAUUUUUAUUGUUAAAUCUUUAUUUUAAUGUUUUUCAUAUUUGCUGCUAUAAGAAUUGUAAAUAAUAAAAUUGUGGGUUUUUUGGGUUUUUCUUUUUUAACUGUCAAUGGAGCUCCGUAAAGUUUUCAGGAUACUCACCUUCUUUUGUGGCUGUGGACCCUCUUCUGUGUCCUGUCUCUUUUUGGGAAGCCUCUGAUGGCUUCAUAUUGCCUGGCACUGCUCACUGAUGAAGUUGGUAUGUUGGCUUCAUUGCAAUCCAUGGUGGAGAGAAGGUGAGGUAGUACGGGGAACACAAAAGAAAAAAAGAAAAGAUUUAACAGAGCUGAGACAAUUUCUCAUCUUGGCAAAACAAGUGCAACCUCUGAGAUGUUUUUAUUAGUUGCUCUGGGAUUCUUUCAGGCCCCCCCGAACUUUAGUAAAUCUUUAAUGGGUCUUGAGUAAAUGUGCGCUAUUACCCUUGCCAUGUAAUGACUAUUUAAAACAAAUUUACUAGCCAGGUUUAAAAAUGACUUCUCUCCGCAGACUCUGACAGCAGUCUCUGGAGGUAUUCUGCCAGGCAUAUAUUAUAACAUAGCAGAGCAAGCUAGUAUGGACAUGGGACAUGCGCCCAACUAAUCCAGCUUCCAUGCUUGCACUGCUGUAAUACCACCACUCAAAGUAAGGAAGAAUUCCUAACCUCUACGUAAUAGACCUCCACAUUUUACAUAAAUCCAAGGUGGGGUUUGCCACAAAAAGGGGCAAAAAGAAAGACAAUGUUUCUGUAUAUGUGCAUGCUCCCCACACUAUGAACACAUCCUUAAAUUUUGCGCGCACUCACACUCUUACAUUAUAUUAUCACUAGUUGGAUAUGCAUGUCUUCUGACAUUAUACAUGGACAAGGCCUCCUGAUGUGCUUUUUCACAAACUAGUAAUAUUGUUAGCAAGGAUUAAAUAUUCACCCUCGCUAUACCUGUCCAAUCAUUCUACAUUGACACAAUUUCUGUGAAAGGAUACUCCUGACAUGAAGCUAUAAAGCGGGUACUCAUGUUUUCACUUUCACAAUAAGACAAGACAGACUUUAAUUGGCUACUCUUUGGUGGCUGCAGCAGGAUGUAUGGUGAGAAGUACUCAAAGUACUGACGUUUGGGCAUGAGGGGUACAAUGUGUGUGUGGGGGGGCAGGUUGUAUGAGGGGUACAGUGUGCGUGUGUGUGUGCGCGUGUAUGGGGGUAGUUUUUGUGUGUCUGUGUGGGUAGGAUGGCCAAUUCAUAAAUAUAUAAUUUUUUGUUUUAAUUAAAAAUAAUUAUUUUAAUAUUCCCCCCUCCUUGCUUACCAUUGCCUGAGAGGAGGGACUUUUCUUGCAAUCCCUGGUGGUCCGGUGGGGAAGCCCUGGCGGCCCUAGUGGUGACAGUGAACUCUAGCAGCCUCAGGAGCUACUAGAAUUCACUCUUGUGAGAUUUGGAGCGUUGCCAUGGUAACCGCGGCAACGCUCCAAGCUCGUGAGAGGAGAACCCGCUGGAGCUGCAGGUUAGAGCUCCCCCGGGUCCUCUUUCCCUCCCCUGCCGGCUGCCAGCAUUACAGUGCUAGUGGGCCGGAGAGGAAGAUCUCUGAUCUCCCCUCCGGUCAUUCAGAGCCGGCAGGGGAGAGGGAGGCAUAGUUCCCAGUGCUAUGAACAUAGCUCUUGGAGAAUCUCUCACGGCUCCCCUUUGUGCCCAGUAUGAUAUGCAAAUGGCCUGUUUCUUUUUUAAUGGCACAAGAUGAUCUAAAACCAGCUUGAGAUCUGAGCGGGGACCCACCGAAGGGCAGGUAAUUUGAAAUUUACCCGUUCUCAGUAUUCUCUUGCAACUUGUAUUUUUCUAAUUUUAGUAAAUAGCCCCAUCUAAUAGACCUGUGUUUUAUUUUAUAUUGUAUUGUCCUCCUGUCCACAUGUAAUGAGCCACCUGCAUCCAUUUAUUUAAACUGUCAACUAGCUGUCUGGUCAUCUUUGUGUUUAGCUCCUGUAUAAACACCAGGUUUAAAAAAACUGAGGGUUUUAAUGACAGACGUUGAGUGGAAGCCAUUGUUUUACACAUGUAUCCUUAAAUUUCAAUAAUUGCUGGUUAACAUGAGUAGGAAUCCUGCCCGCAUAUUCUGUUCGUUUUUGUAUCAUAGCUACACACCCCUACACCACGGCAAUUUAGAAUAUGCUGGCACUUCCUAAAUAAAUGAUGAUCUACAUGCUCACUGAGCACAAAGGUUCUCCUAAUCUAAAUUGCAAGUAUGCAGAAUACUUCGUAUCCGAAACACAACAUUCUCAUGACUACAGGACCAUACUUCUGGUAGGUUUUCUGACAUUUAAACCCUUUUAUUAUCCAUCUUAUUUCUCCUAUACAUUUCUUCAGUUACUGCACAGUGUUGUAUAUUGUAUCUGUCUUUUUAGAAAUUGGACAUUUGAGACUUUACACUGCAGAAUACAUUAAAAUAUUUUGAGGGCUUACACGUCUAUGCUGUCAAAGAUGCAAUUGAGGCAUUGCACACUAUCUGUUCUGUAGGGUUUGUAAAGCUACACUUUUUUAAAAGACCUUUUAUCCUUGCACAGUCCAGCUAUGUGCCUCCUUUGUGAAGUAACCUAAGUUACGGCCAGCCAGAGGAAUUCACGCUAAAAUCAGUUUGUUAUUCGGUUUGUCUGUUGUAAGUUGUCGUGUUUGCUUGUAUCACUGAUUGUCAUCCGAUUUCCAGUGACAACACAUAGUUAGAUUCAUUUUCUUUCCUGUGUGUGGGUCAUGGAGAAUUUGCUGCAAUCAUUUUCAGGCUUAAAUUUGUACAUGCUCUGAAUUGUUCACCACUAGCGUAUACAACAGUCAGUUAAAUAAUGAAGAGAGCAAAACCUCCACACUUUUAGUGCAGUGUGUUGGGAGGUAUUUGUUUGGGGGGGGGUUUUUUGCACCAUUUGUUUUGGGGUUUUUUGGUACACAGGGGUGUGGAAAUAAAAUAAAAUAAAACUACUUGUCCAAGGGACUAAAGCAGUAACCCAAUCUUACUUGUCCUCACGUGCACAAUAAUUUCAGUUUGGAAUACCUGCCUAAAGCCCUAGAAAUAGACAGAGUUAUUCACUAAACUCUGAUUGAAACAAACUGAGACAAAAGCUGAUCUGCAAAAGUUCUCCAACAUGGCAAUAGUUGACACCUUUUGCCAUCCAUUCAGAUUUAAUUUGUGAGGGAGUGUAAUACGUGUGUAUGCUGUAAAUAAUGUGUGUGCAUGCGCGAUGUGCCCCAGUUUGCCUGCCAUGUUCCUGCCCAUAGCCUACACCAUAGUGUGUCUGUCCCUAACUAUCCAAAAUUAGUGUCCCUGCCACUAACUAAACCCCAUCUCUGCAUUAACCAUCCCCUAUAUGUGUCCCUGCCCUACCUCUUUUAGUCCCCAUUAGUGUCGCAGUAUCUAACCCUCUGCAUUAGUGGCCCUCCCCCAUCCUGCCCUAACUCACUCACAUUAGUGCCUCACCAGCUAGUGUGUCUCCAUAUUCCUCCUCCCAGUCUCCAGCCAAUCGGGGAGCAGAUGUGCGAUAUGUCCCACCCCUCCACAAAAUUACUAUGCAUGCGCAGAGGGAGUUAAACGAGAUGCUGGGUUUCCCCUUGCCGCGUAAUGCGUCUGUUGCCAAUGUAAUUGCUGCCUAAGUCACGUGUGCCAGGGACGCAACAUUUGUUGUUCAGAUUAGGGAUGGACCGAUAUUGCUUUUUUUUUUUUUGAGCCGAUAUCGAUAUUCUGUGAACUUUCAGGCCGAUAGCCGAUAUAAUUUGCCGAUAUUCUGUACAUUUACCAUUUAGGAAAAUAAAAACGUUCUAAAGGUAAAUGCACUAAAUAUACAUGCCACGUGUAGUGGAUGCAGUGUGUUUAGACAGGGGAGCUGUGUGUGUUUGUAUAGUGUGUGUAGUGGAUGCAGUGUUUGUGUAGUGUGUGUUUAGUGGAUGCAGUGUGUAUUUGUCUAGUGUGUAUAUAAUGAAAGCAGAGUGUUUGUGUAGUGUGUGGGUAGUGUGCGUAAAGUGAAUGUAGUGUGUGUGUGUGUGUGUAAAGUGAAUGCUGUAUAUACUAAAUGCAAAGUGUGUGUGUGUAUAUAAUGAAUGUAGAGUGUGUGUGUAAUGUGUAGUGUAUUUAUAUAAUGCAGUGUGUAUUUGUCUAGUGUGUGUGUGUGUGUGUAUAUAAUGAAAGCAGAGUGUUUGUGUAGUGUGUGGGUAGUGUGCGUAAAGUGAAUGUAGUGUGUGUGUGUGUGUGUGCAUAUAUAAUGAAUGCAGGGUGUGUGUGUUUGUAUAGUGUGUGUGUGUAUAUAAUGCAGUGUGUUUGUAUAGUGUGCAUUAUAUAAACACACUACAUACACACACACUGCAUUAUAUAAACACAUUAUGUAAACACACUGCAUUAUGUAAACACACACUAUACACACUGCAUUAUAUAAACACACUACACACUGCAUUAUAUACACACACUACACAAACACACUGCAUUAUAUACACAGUGUGUUUGUAUAGUGUGUGUGUAUAUAAUGUAGUGUGCAUUAUAUAAACACACUCCAUUAUAUACACAUACACUACACAAACACAUUGUGUAUGUAAUGCAGUGUGUGUGUGUGUUUGUAUAGUGUGUUUAUAUAAUGCACACUACAUUAUAUAAACACACUGCAUUAUAUAAACACACUACGCAAACACACUGCAUUAUAUACACAGUGUUUGUGUAGUGUGUGUGUGUGUGUGUGUGUGUAUAUAAUGCAGUGUGUUUGUGUAGUGUGUGCAUUAUAUACACAGUGUGUUUGUGUAGUGUGUGUAUAUAAUGGAGUGUGUGUGUGUGUGUGUGUGAGGGGGCAUUUUUUAUUAAAUUAUUUAUUUUUUUAUAUUUAUUUAUUUUUGUUGUCCGUCCUCCCUGCUUGUUACCUGGCCAGGGUGGGGGGAUAUAGAAUUCCCUGGUGGUCCAGUGGCAUUGGCUGAGCUGUGGGGGGGGGCGGGCAGCAAGCGUUUACUCACCUCCCAGCAGCUCCCCAGUGUAAAUCUCGUGGCCAGCGAGACUGAAGGCCGCGGGUCUCGCGAGAUUUACAUUGGGGAGGUGAGUAAACGCUUGCUGCCCGCCCCCCCAGGACCGCCGGGCUUGUAAUGAGCCUGGCGGUCCUAGGAGGUAUUAUCGGCAAUAUCGGUAUCUGAAUUGGCCGAUACAAAUAUUUUUGAAUGUCUGCUUUUUAAAGGUCUGGAAUAAUUAGCAGAUUAAUAGAUGUUUCAAUUAACAUGCUUGCUGGUACACUUUUUUUUUUUUUUUGUCCUUGGAAGGAUGAAGAGCUUGGUGAUCCUGACUCCAGUAGAAAUUGUGAUGCUCAGGUUUAAGUGUCUGCUGCACCUGAGUCAUUUCACCUGCAGUACGAGAGUCAUUCCACGUUCAAUAUAAAGCUUGUGUUUCCAGUAAUUGUCUCUAUAUCUGUGUGGCCCAAAUUUAGCAUUCUUCAAUGAUUUCCUCUUUGCAAACCGGUCCUUCUUUCUUAUGUUUUUUUUGUUUGUUUGUUUUGUUUUAUGUAUUUUUCCUACACUUGACAAUGGGUGGAGCUUAAGGAAGCUCCAUGUCCUUUUUGUCAAGUAUAAUUUUCCCAUAAUACCCAUCUUUCCAUCCAGUCCUUAGUCUUGCCAGCUUCCCUAUCUUCAAUUCUGAGUGCUGCACUUCCCGUCUCAUACUAUAGAUAGUGCCAUGAAAAAUAAUCCAGAACCGCAAAGAAUCAUUAGAAUAAAGGUGAUUAAGGGGGCACAUGUUUAGAAUCAACACAAUGGGGAAACACGAGAAACUAGUAGAGUAGGGGGAGCAUAAACAGCAUAGGGGUCAGUUUAGAAAAAACAGCGCCUCAGAGGGUAUAUUAUAGCAUUACACAAAUAUAUCCAGGGCCAAUACAAACCAUUGUCUGGAAAUCUAUUCCCAAAUAGGACUAUACAUAGGACAUGAGGUCAACCGUUUAGACUGGAAGAAAGGAGAUUUAGUCCAAGUCGAAGGAAAGGGUUUUUUUGUUUUUGUUUUUUUUUUACAGUAAGCGCAAUAAGGAUGUGAAAUUCUCUGCCUAAAGUGGUGGUUUUAUCAGAGUCUGUAUGUUUAAGCAACAAUUGGAUGCAUACUUGCAAAAACGCCAUAUUCAAGGAUAUAUAUUUUUUAAAUUGUGGGGUAAUAGCUUCUUGAUCCAAGGAGAUAUCUGACUGCCAUUCUGAGGUCAAGAAAGAUUUUUUUUUUUUUCCUAGUUUGUUAGAAAUUGGGAGCUCUUCAAACUGUUUUGUUUUUUUGGCAUUCUUUUGGUUCAACAGCAAAAUUCAGAUGUGAGAAAGGCUCAACAUUAUGGACACAUGUCUCUUUUCAGCUAUGUAACUAUGUAAUAAAGCAUUAUCCAAGUUUCAGAAAAAAUCCACAAUGCUGUCACAAGACAAUUUAAAAUUCUAGAUUUUAUAUGCAAUAGCUAUGUAGCGGAACUCCAAUACCAAGCAUAGUUAUGUCUGCUAUUCCUUUCUUGUAGUUGAAAGAAGCACUGCAAUAUUCCAAGACCCUUUCCCCCAGCAACUAGACGACACAUAGUUCUGGAAGUCAACUGAGUUUAUUUUGGCCACACACUGCUUUUAUGCACUGACCACUCAGGAUCCUCUGUUUCCGAGAGGUAAUUGAGUGAGAAAACUAUAACUCUGUUAUCUCUCAGAUACAGGAAACAUACAAAAUUUUAAUAAAAAAUACAUUUUAAUAAUAUAGGAACCCAACGAAAGUCAUAUCACCAAAUAGCUGGGGUCUGAGCACCCACUUUGUCGAAAUAGCGCUCAGAUCCCUUUGGUGGUUGGAGAACGCCAUUCAAAUGAAGUUUUGAUCGGUCGGCCAUGCGGCGAUGCCCUAAAACAGUUCCAUAGAAAACAAGGCAACGAACGGUCUCACACGAACACUGACGAAUGCUCCCCCUGGCUUUUAGGGAGCAAAUGCUCCCCCUGUUUAGUAGUUCAUGCCUCCCGAACGCCGUUCUUAUAACUGUUCUGGAAGUUGGAUGGGCAGUGGUACUAGUUUCCCGGGUAUUUGCAGGGUCGCGGAUCUGAAAAUAGUUCCAGGCCUUCAAAGACUAUCUACUGCUGCCUGCGUUUCCAGAGACAAAAUUGCCGCCAAAUCUUGGAGCAUGUGUGUUCAGUUAUGCAAAUGGUGGCCACACAGGGGAAACGCUUGUACGAAUGAGCAAUUUGUGGUUAACAGCCAGGGGUGGUCGGUGAUUGUGAGGUGUUAACAGGGGACCACACAAAGUUGAUUUGGUAACCAAACCGGAGGGUGUACGGACAGCCGAACAAAAGGGAAUAGAAGUGUAAUUAGGGCAUACAUUCUGCUACACUAUAUUCUAAUUUUUAUCAAGAGUGCUUGAUUUAUUUAACAAUUUAAUUGUUUUUCUGUUCCAGAACACCUUUACACCUUGCUUGUGCUAAUGGACAAUCCGACGCGGUUACUUUGUUAGUGGAAAGCAACGCAAAAGUGAAUCUUUGUGACACUGACAAUAGAUCCCCUUUAAUGAAGGUAAUUUUCUAACAUGUCUUUAGUGCUUUUUGAACAAUGCUGAAUGAAGAACAUUUUAAGCAUAAUAAAAAUGUAACAUUUUGCAAAUGUUAUGGCACAUGGAGUCAUGGGAAACACGCUGUGGCUUUGAAGUACCGCCAGUAAGUGCUACAGUUUUUUACACCUUAAUGGAAAGUGUGUUGUGUUUUUUUUUUGCAUGGUUUUUCAAAAAUAAAAUAUCGAUAUAAUGCAUUAGCAAUGGGUAUCUGUUCUUGCGUCUUGUUUUCCUUUCAUAACAUUUGAACCCUUUGUCAUAUUUAGCUUUGAAGGUCCACUCCGGAAGUAAUGGUUUGUUUGCGAUAUAGUUAAUUUCUAGCAACAGUUGUGUAUGCAAAUCCACGCAGCUAUAAAAGUCUGCGUGCAGAGGGAUAGGGCACCUUUUUAGACCCUAACCCACACGAUUGUCUUACGACAGAUGGUUAAUCGUAGCAGUUUAAAUCAUGGUCCGCAGGACUUCUCUGUUUGUUGCCCCCUGAUGUAGGCGAAUUAAUAGCAGCAAAACACACAUCAGGCUGUGUUCUCUUUUGUGUUCACACUCACGGUGAGUAGCACUUUAUUCUCACUGUAAGUAGUUUUUCAUAAUAGGAGUAGCAUUUGGUUACGUACACUCCCAUGUGCCGAGGUAUAUUGAGGUAGCUCUGAUUGAGUACUGCAGUUAUUUAGGAUUCAUGAGACAGGUGUUUGGUACUAGCUGUAAAUGCUCGUUGAAGAUUAUUGCUAUAUCUUACUUUACCUCCUUUUGAUCAGUCUCUGCAGUAUGUUGCUGCAUUUCUUCUCUAUAAUUACCGCUAAGAUAGGUAAGCAGCUAUGUGUACCAUGUAAGAAGUUUAAGCAGAUAAUUGUGAUUGUUAACGUUGAUUGUCGCUCUGGGCCAAGAAAUUCUGACUAGAUAUUGACAUUGCCAAUUUGUAAAAUGUAAGUGCCCUCACACACACACACACACAAUGUAUGAUGCAGGGUAAUUGUUUUUUGUUCUUAGGCUAUCCAGUGUCAGCAGGAAAGUUGUGCAUCCAUCUUAUUGGGGCAUAAUGCGGAUCCCAACGUUGUAGAUAACAACGGCAAUGCUGCUCUUCACUUUGCUGCUCGUAUUCCUUCAAUAUCAAUUGCGUCCCAGCUGCUUGAGCAUGGAGCAGACAUUAAUGCUCCAACUAAGGUGAUUUUUUUUUUUCCCCCAAGUUAUAUGUGAUAGAGAGAUAUAUAUAUAUAUAUAUAUUAUAUAUAUACCUCAUGGAAGGUUAUGAUUUUGCGUGUGUGUCCUUCCUUAUCAAAUUGUACUCUUGCUGUUGUAGGAAGGAUGCACUCCACUUAUGCUCGCAGUCAUUGAAAACAACGAGGAAAUGGUGGAGUUUCUCAUUAAAGAAGGCGCCAACGUAAAUUCCAAGGAUGUAAAUGAAAGGUAAAUUCAGUGCAAUAUCCUGUCAGUCUGGUACAUGACACUAUUUCAGCUCAACAAACCACUUGUAUAAAAAAUGUAUUUCAGUGAAAAAAAGUAAUCAAUUAAAGUUUCAUUAUGCUUAUUAUACAGAUAUUUGCAGAAUUAUUUUAGUGCCUCGAAAUGUGUUUUCAUACAGCCCUUUUUAUGUCAUUUUAUUUUACAUAUUGCAAAAGGUUUACAAAAAUGAAUGCUUGCAGUUUUACCUGGGUCUACAUAGGUCUUAGCAGAUUAUAGUUACAUGCUUCUUUUGCUAAGCUGUUUGAAGGCUAUCCUCUGUCACCAUGAUCUCCCUUCUGUCUCACACUGACCUAUUUUGUUCUUCUCUUACACACAACCUGGUUUUAUAUAAGGAGAUCUAAGCGCUCUGCUUUCAUGGAGUAAUAAGCACUUAUAACUUCAUUCUUCAUUUCUAAGUUCCAUGCAGCUUUUUGAAUUUCUUUUGUAACAUGUGCCCUUCCAUUAACCUUAACACUAUCCGAUCUUAUUGUAUUGUAUUCCUAAAUGCUAUCUAUGUUUAGUCACAUUCCUUCUUUCGCAAUCUGUGUAGUUGUGAGAGAGAGAGAAAUGUGUACACCUUUUGUGGAUGCAAUUUAAAUUGAUGAGGUUACCCAACAUUUAAUCUAGUUAAUUGUACAAAGCGUUGUGCUAUUAAGUCCUAUUUUUGGGCCUCUAUGUUCACACAAAUUUUCCUAGUGUUUUAAUUGGGGCAUCUAUUUUUUUUUUUUUUAUUUUAAUUUUACAAUUUGUAUUGGUUCACCCGAUAAUAUCAACAUAUAACAUGAUGUUUAACACUGACAUCGCUGUCCAUAAACAUGUAUUUAGUAUUGGUGCAGGAGUAUAUUAUAUUGAUCAGAGAAUAUGUAGCUAUCACCUUACAUGAACCAAGAUAUUUUCACUAGACAACAGAAUAUAAGAGAGAAGGAUCAGAAAAUAGAAGCAUAAAGUUGUCCCAAUGGGCAGGAGGAAUAAGCCACUUGGUUGCUUAUUAAUAUGGAGACUCCUUUCAUUUUGGAUUUAGCCUUGGUAUGGUACUGGUGCGGAUAAAGUAGAGGUUUAAGGCAAGGAGGCUGCGUCAGGACAUACCACAUCUAGUGAAGUCUUGUGAAGGUCAUGGUAUAAAUGAUGGCGUUUAACUGUGGUGUUUAGCCACCUGACUUUGUGGCUAAGUAUUUCCAUAAGUGGGUAUGUGGCGAGGUGUUUGCUUAGUGUCCCUACCAAUUGAUCCAGUGACCCGCGACUCGCCCACAUGAGGCUCGCCAGGGGGAACCCCCCAUAGAUAAAUGAGUGUAAAAGAGGGAAGUCGUGUGUCUGUGAUACACUUCACCUUAGUCGCAUCAUUCCCGUCGAUGUUUGUUUGUCCAGAACGUGAGGCAUGUCGCACCCCAAAGCACUCGUUCCCUAUCCAGUGCUGGCCAAGCAGUAUUGGAUACCCCCUCGCUGGCAACAGGAAGGACGAUGGGGGGCUUCUAUUUUUAAUAAAUAUAUACUUGUGUGAGAGUUAAAUUGAUGAAUGGUAAAACUGACCCAGAGGAGGAAGUGUCUUAGGCUCUGGUUUCUUACAAUAAUUGCUGGUGUUUUAUUUGUAGAACACCCCUCAUGUUUGCUGCCAGUAACGGACACAAUGAAUUAGUGAAAAUUCUGCUCCACAAUGAUGCCGAUAUCUCCACACAAGAUGAAAAGGGUUGGACGGCUGAUGAUCAUGCUGUAAUGAAUGGGCACCAUGCGUAAGUUUUGCAUAUUUACCUACACAGGAAAAACUGGAAAAAAAAUGGCUGCCAUUAACCAAUAAAACUGCUUGUCCCAAAUGAAGAUGCAUUGUAGAAUGCCAAGUGUACCAGUGGUGUGCAGGUGGUGGUACCCUCAUCCACUCAUAGCCAACUCCGUGAAGACAUAUAUGACCUCUUAUGGUAUAUAAUUAAACAUGAAUACACACAUUGAAUCAUAGGUAUACAUGUUUAUUCUUGUCUGCCCUAAUGUUUUGUUUUGUGCUUUUUCUUUCCCCCCUAAAUAGUUGUUCACAUUUAAUUAUUGAACAUAGUUCAAGAAAAAAGUCAUCGGACCCGUAUGAAGGUGGUAAGAAAAAGAAAGGAGCGUCGGUGUUCAGCAAUUCCAGUAAAGGAGUGGAAGGUGUAUUCACUUUGGGCAGCCCUGCCACGGACAAGCAAGGUAUGUAUAAAUGCACGGUUCAUUUUGCGUCUCUUUAUUGAAGAAAACACGUCUCUUGUAUGCAUAAUGACUUAAAAUUAAAACUCAUAUUGCAAACUAAGAUGUAUGACAUCAAGAGUGUUAGAUCAAGAAUGUCUAAAAGAAUGUUUUAUUAUCGUGAUUUCAUGUGUCGUUUCCAUGCGUUUCCCCUAUCUGGAUGUAGAAUUACAACAGGCUCCCCAGCAGACCUCAACCGCGAGAGAUUCAGGGAAAGGUAUUCUCCCUAAAAUAUCCAGGCAAUAUGUAACAUAUUAGAUAGAACCAGCUUGCUUUAUUUAGUUUUAUUUGCCUUCAUUAUCCUUUUUCAUUAACUGCAAUUUCACAAUGUUGCCUUUUUAAACAUACUGUUCAAUCUCUUAUUAGUUGGAACCUUUAUAUUAUUGCAAGUUGCUCUGUCACAAAACUUCCAUUAUAUAAAUCUGUGGCUGUUUUUAAAGUGGAUCUGCCACGUUCGGUUUAUUGAAUGGUUCGAUCCCUUUGGGGGAUAUGCUGUGAACUAAAUCAAUCUUGGAGAAGCUAGUUGCCAAAAUGUGUGAUGUUUUUAGGUGUGUUCUGGAGUUUAGAGUAAGUUCCCUGUCAACGCAGGUCUGUGUUGAUUCCAUAAUAUUCUCCUUCUGACCAGAGUCACUGGAAAUUUACUUCGAUCUCAGUACUUUUUUUUUUUUUUUAAAGCUCUGUGUAGUGGUAUUUUGAAGCUUCGCUGAUAGCCUAGAAAGGAUUGUAUGUAGGGCCUUUUCAUUUACUUAUAUAGUCCUUUAAAUUCGCUUUGUCACGUCCCAUCCAAAAAAUAAAUUUAAAAAUUGAUCAUUUUGUAAAGACUGUGUCAUAAUUUUAUUGUAAUUCCAACACAGUUAAUAGAUCUAAGCCAAAGCGUGGACUACCUUGACCUACAUAAUUUUUUCCUCCACUUGACAAAAGGCAGAGCUAACAGUCAAGUUUUGUCCCCCAACCUUCACUAGUGACAACUGUGGGAAAAGGCACGCUCAUCUAUGGAGGCUCCCGCGGUCUUGCAUGAUUCCCCAUAGACAUCAGUGUUGUACUUUUGUGCAUGCGCGAGAGUACAGCAUUGACAGGCUCCUGCCGGAUGAAGCACCAUGAGUUGAAGGAACAAAGAGAAGUAGAUUUCUCCUCCGCCACUCCCCUGGACAGCCAUACACCAAGCAGCGAUGUCAUAAUCGGGGGUCUUUGAAAAAUAUGCAAAUACCCCAGUAGGGAACAGAGCCACUUUAAAUAUUGUGACUCUACUAUUGACGCCUGCCUACCCACCUCAGUGUAUUUUAUAAAUCCCUGUACAAAUGAAUGGAUGGUGGUUUUGUAAGGCGUCUAUUUCAGUUAAUUAACUAAGAAAAUCGUGAGCACCCCACCAUAUUUCUGCUUUUCAGUUCUAUAGAAAGUAUGGUCAUUUCAGUUGCUCUAAAGCUUGGAGAAUUGUUGCAAAUGCAGGAGCUUCAAAUGCAAGUUAUGUUCUAUAAUGCAUUUAAAUAACCCGUCAGAUUCAGCUUGAAGUGUCUUAUUGGGGCUUCCUACCACAGUAAAAUCCAUAGAAUGUUUGUUUUGUGGAGAAUGCAGACGAUUAGAGCAUUAAAUCACAUCCACCCCCAUAUAAAAACCAAGCUUUAUUCUAAUUAGCUACUUAAUGUUUCAGACCAAUGGAAUAAAGCUAUAUUUCAAAUCCCGAUCCAUGAUCGCAGAGGAAGAAUGGCUGUCUGGAGGACAGGGCUAUCAUUGACCAUGCUUUGAUCAAAUGAACAAUGGAAACUACCCAAAGCUGAGAUCAAGCUUUCUAAAUAAAAUGAAACCACUAUUUCUAACUAUAAUAUUGUAUUUAAUGAAACCUCGAAUGUCUUUUCUCAUGCGUAUAGCUGGCUUCUGUUUUUGUUUCUGCUAUUUUAUAUUUACUCUCACAAUUUGAAGUUGUAAUAGUUAUGCUUUAUUUAUGUCGCUUUCUGGUUUGGUUACCGAAGCUUGUUUUGUGUACAUUGUUCAUUUUCAGUGUCUAAACAUUUUAUUUGUAUGCUUUCUAUUUAGUGACUGAUGAUUUUUCUCAAGUGGACUCUGAAAGAAGGUGGGACAUCUGCUGACUGUGCUGUUACUGUAAUUUAUAUGGAUAUUCCAUAUAUCAAGGAAGUGGGAAAUAUUCGACUCUGUACCGAUCUCCCCCAUAUUUUGUCUCCGCAUCUGCCUUCCAGUUAGUUAUGGUCCUGGCUAUUUCUUCUCUGUAUCUCUUGAAUUCUCCCCAUCUUGUCUUUUGUGGCUUUGUGUAUAUAUACUACCCAGGCCUAAAAUGUACUUACCACCUUGAAACCCAUGUGAAUAGCAUUUAUUUUAUGCAUUGCAUGACAUGUCAGUAUUUGUGAAUGCUCGGGUAUAUUUGUUUGGAGUGUCCAUGUGUGUAUAAAUGUAGCACUGUGUAUGUGGAGUUUCAGAUGUUUUGUGGGGAGUGUCAUUGUGUACAUGUCAAUGCACAGUUGUAUAUGCACUCUUUGAAUGUCACUUUUGACCUCUUCCUAUCACCAAUUCCCCAUUCUCUCCUCAUCCUUGUCAAAUCUCCCCAUGCCUUAUCCUCUCUUUUUUACACAUCACCUCUCCCAGUGUCCCCUUCCUCCCCUACAAAUGGCCUCUUUCUACAGUCAAUGUCCCCUUCUCUUUCUAAAUAUCCAAAUGGUAUGCAAAAAAUCAAAUGUCACUUCUCGUUACACUUCAGUUUUUAUUUUCCCAAAUUCUUAUGAUGUCCCGUACUGCUUGCUUACUGAUAUUCUCAUUCCUGGAAUCCAUUGACACAAGGCAGCGAAAGGGAGCAGAACUUCACUAUUUCUAAACAUAGCUACCUUUUGAUUUGCUGUGUAUUCACAUGAAGUAUUAUUACAGAGUGAGGCAAUGUGUGCUGAGUUUGAAAUAGUCAGAUAAUAGUGUGCUGGUCCCGCACUGUUCCCUUCCAUGCUCGGCAUUCGCACUGGUCCCUUACCUUUCAGAGUCUUGUUGGGUUGCCAGGUUAAUUUUAAAACUAAAGUGUUCCAGUUGGCUAAUACUAAAAUUGCUACAUUUUAGACUGUUUUUGGUUAUUGCAAAUCUAGCUGGGAACUUCAUUGUCCCCUCUAUUCUUGGAUUUAUAUCCGGUGGGGGGUGAGGCUGGAAUACCCCACAGUAGAACAUUUGUUAUCCAUUGUUUUUGUAUGUUUUAUAUAGUACUCCAAACAGAAUUAAUGGUGCAAAGUACACCACACGUGUAGACUUGCCAAACUUUUUUGUUUAUUUUGUUGAUAAAUUAAUUUAAACGAUCUAUACAUAUAUUACAAAACUAACACUGAGUAUUGCUGUUACUGUUCCCAGUACCUCACACAGGUCUGCUGCCGCUGAUUCUUGGCCUUCAUCUGAUGAUGAUUUUGAUUUUAGCCCACAGGUAAGUCCUAAAUGCUUUACUACGGAGAUUUCUCAAUUUGAAAGUGAUGCAAGGGUCUGAAUUAUAGCCACUUAUAGUAUACAUGUCAUGAGCCAUACACAACAUUUGUAAACAAUUAAAGUACAUCAAAUGUCAUCUAUUCAUUAUAGGUUUAAUACUUGGUUUUAUAAUUGGGGGAAUGAAGCGCAUCGUAAAGGGUUUACCAUUCCUUUAACAACUGAUUAAACAAUGUUUAUUAUCAAAAAAAUAUGAACAUUGUUUUUAAACAACGUAUAUGAAACUGAAGGGGUUGAAAGAGAGUCUUCUGAGAACUUGCUGUUAAACACAUCAGUGUAUCGUUACCUUUUUCUUGAUUUAUCAUGUCCCAAAGAUCCCUUGGCUUCUAAGACCUUUAACAAGGCUUUGCAAAUUAGUUUUUGUUGGGUGGGGUGGCUUCUUUUAAAUUUGUGAGUAAACCAAGAGACUCUCCUUUUGUGAGUCUCUAAUGGCAUUAUUUAUGUUUUUACUUAUUACAUUUUUAAUGUUUGAGGGAGUUGUUUUUGGUUUUUAGGCAAUACAUUUUGGUGUUUCAUGGUUUGUUUGUUUUUUUUGUUUGUUUGUUCUUUUUUUCUAGAAAGCGCCAAAACCUAAUCUGAAAAAACUAUUCCACACCAAGACAAACGGUUAGCAAUAAUUUUUUUCCCUCCGGCUUGUGCCAUGUUACCAGAAUGUUUGCCUAAAAUGUAUAAUUUUUGUUUUUGUUUGUUUUGAUGUAGUUAACCAAAAAGAUAGUAUUACCUCCGCACAACCCGUAGCCCUCUCUCUGCAAAAUAAAUCCAAUAGUGAAGACGAGUCGUUUCGUGCUAGUGACGAUGAAGAUCCACCCCAGCCUAGACAUUUUCCCCAAGCUAUUUCCUUCCCUCAUCCUGUGCAAUUUACACCUGGCUCCUUUGCAAAGCUUUCCCAGAUGCCUUCUUCCCUCUUUUCUCUUAAUAAGGUAAAAUGUCUGUCAAUGCUUGUGCGUGACUACAUAAUUUAUUGAUCGUGGUUUUUUUGUUUUUGUUUUUUUUGUUUCUGUUUUUAUUUAUUUUUCAAUAAAUUAAGCAGAUGAUGUGUGUGGAGAUAUUAAAAAGGGAGCUUCCAAAUCCCAUUCAUGUUUCAACAAGCCUGAUCAACAAGCCUGUUCGAAUACAAAGCCCACCUCAAAUGUCAAAGAUGCUGAUCCUUGCUCUGUCAGUCAAAGGGAGAAUAAGGAUGAUGGUGGUGAUCAGGCGAGUGAUCACGAUGAGGAGGAUAAUGUUGGUCAAGAUGUAUCUGAAAAUGUUGAAGAAAGUCAAGAUGAGGACAAUGCAUCUGAAAAUGAAGCAGGUUUGUCUGAUGAGGAGGAAGAAGGUGGUAUAUCUGGUGAAGAUGAAGAAGGUGGUAUGUCUGGUGAAGAUGAGGAAGACGGAUCUGGUGAAGACGAAGAAGGUGGUAUGUCUUGUGAAGAUGUAGCACAAGUAUCUUCAAGUGAAGAAGGUAUAGAACAAGUGUCUUCAAAUGAAGAAGAUAAAUAUAGAAAGUAUGUGAAAUGUGAAGAUGAAAUGGAAAAUGGUGAAUCUGAUAAUGACAAUGGACAAAAAACUGAAGACUUUGUUCUUCAAGGAAAAGCAGGCAGUGAAAAAGAGCAGGAUAAGUUAGACAGUGCAUGUGUUGCUUCAGAGAGCAUUAAGCACAAUGAGGAUAAUAACAAGUCUGUAUGUUUUACAGAUGACAUUCAGGGAAACCUGUCUCACCCUUUCCAAGAUACAAAAGCUAUUUCAGACUGCAGUGAUGUUCCCGUUUCACUAAUAAUAGGAUUUUAUGAGAUUCCUGAUGAAAAUACAGUGGAUGGUGUGGAAAGCGAUGUAACUUCAUUAACAUCUAAUUUAAAAUCUCAGGGUCAAUCAAGAGAUCACAGAGAAAUGAACAAACAAACUCUUCAAAACUCUAAACAAAAGACCAGCCUCAUGUGUCGCACUACAAGCGAGACUAUAGAACUUGACAGUAAUUCACCAGACAAACCAUUCAGUAAGACCCAAAAUAACAAGUCUGUUAAAAAUGGUCAGGUAGAGUCAAGUUUGAAAGGUGAAGAUGCUACAAGUUUGCAAAGUGCACAUUCUUGGGGUGUAAGCAGUAAACCAGUAAGUAUUGGAAGAAUACACAUUUUUGUUUAGGUAUUCCCUGAAUGCAAAACUAUCAUUGAUUUGACUAUAAAAUUUAUAUUUGAUUAAGAGUAAUACCAACUACCUUUAGCUCUAUGUAGAAAGUCCUGUCUUACCUUUAUAGUUAUAUUCCUUGUUGGUUGUAGUGUUUUUUGUUUGUUUUUGUUUUUUUUGUUUUGUUUUUUUUUUAUCUGACCCAUAUGGAGGUUUUUUGUUUUUUUUUACUAAUGUGAGAAUUAAAGGGGAAUUCAAUGUGAAUUUAAAAUUGAAGGCCAGAGUAGUUGAAUAAAAAGCAAAGACUAUUUAAAAAAAAAAAAAAACAUUUUUAUUUUAUUUUUUAUUUUUAUUUUUUUACCUUAAGUUAGAAAUUGACUUUAAAUUCACCUUGAAUUUUUAUUUUAGUAAAUAAUCCUGAUAAUGUGAUGUGGUGAUACAAUUUACGUUAAAUAACUAUGUAGCUUAAAGAUGAGAAAGAAACACAUGUCACUGAAAGAGGGACAUUUUAUAGAAGCGUAAUCCUAGGUAAUAGAUUAAAACAUUAUUUUUCUUUGAAGGAUAAAAGUAAAAAAACAUAUUCACAGAGCCAUGAUGGUACAAUUUACAUUAAAUCACUAUGCAUGCUGAAGGCUUAAUAAAGUUAAAGGGACAUUUUAAUAGCUAUGCAACAAAUGUUUGUUUAUUUAUUACUGGCAUUUGUAAAGCACCAACAUAUUCCGCAGCGCUGUACAAUUGGGAAAGACAACACUCUAAGAACAGACCGAUACAACAGGUAGAGGGCCCUGCCAAUGAACUUACAAUCUAAAGGUUAAACUGGGGAGAUGAGACAAGAGGUAGAAGAGGGAAAUGUAUUACUCCUAAUGAUUACCAAGUUUUGAUAAAACAUUUUUUGCAGUAUUUCCUUAGAUCUAAGUCAUAGUGAAUGUACUAAUCAUAAUUUCUAGGAGUUUCUUAUUAGGUCCCUUUACCAGCUUACCUUAAUGCAGUAUGCAUGCAACCAUGACAACAUAGCCAUUUAUGCACAGUCCCAGCUGCAGUGACGCAAUAUUGCAUCAUGCAGAGCACUUUGCCAGUGGCAGCGUGCAGUUACUUGAAGAAACAUGUACUAUCCUCUGCUGAAUGUAAGUCUCUAAGAAUUUUGGGGAAAUAAAAAAUUAUUGAAUUCCCAGGAAAUACACAAAAUUAGGCCAUUCUUUCAGGGCUGAUGUUUUAAAAGACCAAGUUGGCCAAAAUUGUAAAUGCAUUAAAUUGUUGUGUUAGAGGCAAACACGAGCUAUAUAGGUUGGAACAGUUGAGGGAUACAUAACUAAUUUAGGGUCAAUAACCGUUCUGUAAUAGAAAUACUUUAUUAAGUAUUAAGUCUGUCAUUUCUGUUUGUAGGAUGAUCCAUCUGAUGAUGAGAGUGAUGAUAAAGAAUGUAGUGAGUUUGAAGACCAUAUAGAAGGAGCUGCAGUUAAAGCAGACCUGCCCAGCUCCCUUACAGAAGAGAAAUUACAAGGUGCUGCAGAUCCUGUUGGUAGAAAAGGUUUGUGUAACCAUGUGUGUCAAGCAAAUUACAGACAACUAUGAUUUAAUGUAGGGGUUCUAGGGUGUGUAGCCUGUCCCUGCCGGCUCAGCAGAGUAAAUGUUGCCUGUUCUGCUGCCUAUGGCGAUCUUAGUGUCUGUUAUUCCGACAGCCACUAGAGGGACUUCCUGGAUUAGAUCCUGCAAACAUUGCAGCACCAAUGUUCAUCAUCUCUGUUUUACAUGGAUUUACUGAAUGGAUGUUGAACGCUUCCCAUAGAAUUGCAUUGAGUUAAUGCACCUUGAUGACAGGAUGCUGAUUGGUGCAGUGCAACGAUUUGCUGUGCAUGCGCACUAGCCUAUAUUAAGGUCUCCAUUUGCGCUACUUCUUACCCAACGUCACUGGUCAUAUCAUCAUGUAUUUUAAAGUAACUGUUUCUAGUGCAUUGUGAUUUUUAUUUUUUUAUUCCUUCAGUAACACUAAUGUCUGAACUGGGACUAGAAGAGGAUGAUGUGGAAUCUCCUUGGGAUUCGGAGGUAGGAAUUUAUUAAAUACAAGCAGCAAACUGUUUGUUCUAUGAGCACUGUUCCGUUUAUGUUAUGUUAAUAUCAUGUUAUCCAUUUACAAUACAGCUAUUUGCCACUAUUUAGGUGCUUAAUUUAUUGUAACAUUGUGAUAGUUUAAUUGGGAUAAAUGUAUAGUAAGUGCUUUAGAAGUGCUUUAAAAUUUUUAAUUAAGAAAUUUGAUUGUCUUUCUUCUGAUGAUGACCACAGAUACAUAUUUAUUAUACAAAAGGAUAUUCGGCAUUCCCCAACUGGAAGAAUGGAGCUCUUCCAAAACGUUGUGCCUCCUCUUCUUCCUCCUGAGUUUCUUUUCCUACAUCCUGCCUAGUAGAACAUAACUGAAUCUCUACAUGUGCAAGGCAGCAGUUUGUAGUUAUUAAUUUUUAUUUAUUUAUUUUUGUUUUGUUUUUGUUUUUUGGGAGGAAGAAAUUAAAUAUAAAAAACUAACAAACAUGCAGCCUGUCUACACAUCCUCUCUUAUAGUCAUGAUCUUGUGCAGGUCAGGGAUGAGACUGAAACUGGGGUUAACUUCAGGGUCUUUAUUUUUUUAAAGCAGGAAUUUAGGGUUGUUCAGGCUUGUAUAGUGCAGGUUAUGGAGCCAAUAAGGUAAGUCCACAUGUUAUAACACAGGAACCAGGAUUUGAAGUCUUUCAGGCAAUCCGGUGAGUUGGGUGUAACCUUUUAUAGGAUCUGAAUUAGUUCAGGCAGGUGAGGAUGAGAUGGAAAUCUCUGUGCUAGUGGUUUAGUGAGGCCACUAGUGGCAAAUAAAAUCAGUGCAGGAACUUGGUUUUUAAAGGAACAGAAUAAACCGAAAAAGUCUUGUCAGGAUAUGAUCCUUACACUUCCAAAACCAGUGACUGAGUGGAAAUCUGGUCAGCUGACCCUUUCCUUAAUCUUUUAUUCAGAUAAUUGACUUGCUGUUGCUCACAUCUUACACUAUGUUUGUGAGUGUCCUAAAGCAAGGUUUACUCCAGGCCAAUCAGCUGUUAAAGUUGAAGAUCCCAAGUAUCACCACGUGUUGGACCAACUGAAAAAUGCAUAUUUGUAAGGGUUACAUUUCCAGUGCCUCUGUGACUAUUAAUUCUCCCUACAAACCGCCCAAAUCUCACAUUUCUUCCAUUCUUAAUAAUGUAAUGCCUCUUUGUGAUCAUUAGGAUAAUUUGUAUGUAGAUGGAUGCAAUUGGUUGUGAACUUUGUCUUUCUUAUUUGAUUGUAUUAUUUUUGUAGGCCUCUUUGGAUAGCCCCAGGAAACAGUCUAGUAACAAGUUAGCUCACACGUCAAAUGAAGGUACGUUUGUAUUGUAAAAUGCAAGGAUUUUUCUUAAUGUGAAUGUAUGUUUUAUAAAUUGCAGUCUCACUAACUUUAAAUUCCACUUUAGAACAUGAGCAGGAUUUUAGAAUCCCUACGUGAAAUUAUACCUUACCUGACAUCCACCAUUUUAUUCCCUUUCUAAAUUGUUUUGUUAAAAGAUAAAAUUAAAAAAACAGGGCUCUCCUGGCACCUACAGCCAGGUUGGACCUUCGUCUUUUCUUCAUGACCAGGCAAAAAAAAAAGCCUUGUAUGGCAUCUGAUCAAAAUAUCCGGAAUAUACUGGCCAUUAAAUCUUGAUUCAGGAAGGUUUAGGUCAUAUUUCUGUAGCACGUCCACGUGGAGAUUCCAAACUAACUCUGUCUACCAUAGUAAAAACAUUAUUAUACAGGUACAAUGAGCUGUUUCUCAGAGUGAGAGACAAUGGAUGUAACUUGACAAAACUCAAAAGAACAGGAUCAGGACAGGCAAAGUAUGGAAAUUAGAUAACCCUGCACUGCCAUAUGUAGAAAAUGCGGAGUGCAUGUGCAUCCUCUGCUUUAUUCGCUACAAUAAACACCGACAAAGAGGAUACAUAGUGAAGGAAGGAGGAACUGCUACUUUUUGGGAAGUAAAAUUGCCUCUAAUGUGCUGUUAUUCCUUUUCCCAACCCGUAAUCCAACCUCCCUAUUAUUUAUUUGUUUUGUAUAGUGGAAACUGCUCAGUAAAUUAGUUUUUGUAUAUUUCUCGCAUUGUGUUUUUUUUUUUUGGCUUUUAGAAAAAGCGCUUACACCAAGUUGAUUAUUUAGUUAAGACGGUUUGUUUUUGAUUUGAGGCUUGGUUUUGACUUUCUUCAUUGUUCUACAUCCAUGGGUGUAAGUGUGAUGUCUGUGUUUUUGUGAUAGUGUUUAUUCCUUUACUAAAUUUGAUAUGUGACAUUUAUUGCAUCAUGUUUGAAGUGUGUGUUUUGAUUCCUUCACUAGAUCUGUAUUACAGCCCUUCUUUUCUAAGUCCAUCAAGGAACUGUAAGAUGCCAACUCAUGGCGUAUGGCAGUCUUUUGGCCAAAGUGGUAUGGACGUGUCCUCACAAACCCACUGCAAUAACCAUACUGACCAGCCUGGCCGCAAUAACUCGCUCUCUAUUUCUGCCAUACUAAUUAAUUAGCUCUGUUCACUCUCUUUAUUUGCUAUGGAGCUCCGCUUACCUGAGAAAAAAUAUUGUGGCCUUGCAUGCAUGUUGGGUUUUCUUAUAAACUAAAAUAACUUAAAAUAUUGUUUUAUUUUUGUUCCCGGCUUAAAUUCAGAGUUGUCCAAGAAGAGUGCAGAUGUGGAAAUAAACAAGGUAUUACUAAUUUAUUCUCAUUGACCCAGCAAAAUAAAUCUGAAUUCUCUUAUUAAUUACUUUGUAUUUUGGUUUUAAACAGCAGCAGACCGUUAGCAAUAUUUUACCCGCAAAGGAUGUCUCUCCAAAGUACCCGUAUGUUAAAGCAAGUGAAAGUAAUGUCAAGUCAGGUAAAUUUUUAAUAAUUAUUUUGCAAAUGAUUACUUGUCUACUACACCUUUAUACACUUUCCUAAUUAAGCUUUGUGCAAUUUUGUUUAUAUAUUUAUUAUUAUUUUUUAGAUUUAAUGGCAGACUUGGGGCUAGAUGAUGCUGAUGAUAUAGAAGGUAGUGUUGUCUGUUUUGUGUUUUUGUUUUUUUUGAUUGUUUAAUUCACAUUGUAUGUGUGUGUCUAAUCCAGUAAGGAAAAUAAAAAUCCAUAUACAGAGAAAUCAUUGCGUGAGAAUGUGAGCGAAACCAUUUUGUUUGCAUCAGACUCUUUUUAAUAAACAUACACAUAUUUCAAGUCCCUUAUAGAAAGGCUAUAGUUGGCCACAAUGUGGGAAUCUGAGCAUUCAAUCCAGACUUUCUCCUUUCGUUUCCUGCCUCCGAAUCUUUAUUUGUGUCUAAACUGUAUAUAUUUUGUACUCUGAUUUUGUGUAGUGUUUGUAGUAACGUUUACCAGGUCUAGUAUUUUUUUUUUUUUUUUUGUAUGAUGGAUUAUUUUAUUGAUAUACCCAUGUCUUUUAGAUGUAAUGUAAUAGCUAGUCAUAAAUGUCAAGAAAACUAAAUGUAAUACCACUUCCAUUUUAUAAUACUUUGUGAUAAGAUAACCAAAUCAAUUCAUAUGUAAAAACUUAAAUGAUUUAUCUGAGCCAUUGAUAUUGGAAGUCGAUGGAUCAAAUUUACAGUAGUGCUUACCCCAAAAAUAUACCAAUAUCUGCAGCAAGUAUUCAGAUAUGAUACAGUUAUGUCAACAGAGAAAUUUAAAUUCCCUUGCAAUGGGACAAUUGGCAUAAUUUACUCUAUAUAUUAUUGAUAGAAUAAUUUCAGUUAAAUUGAACUAUUUCUAGUAGUAUAUCACAGUCCUAUACUGAUUAUGAUGGGAGACCUGCUUUCCUUAAAGCAUAACGUGGUGCACUUGUGCUUAAUAAAGUAAAUCCGUUAUACUUUUCUGUGUACAGCCGGUGAGCACAUUUUAAUAUAUCUAUAUAUAUUUUUAUUUAAUUAGUGCAAGUUAGAAUCAUUUGUUUAUUAGGUUUGCCUGCAUUGAUGGCUGGUGGUUUAAUGAGCAGGGCAGUAUGCAGCUAUCAGCAAAGCCACGGUCCGCAACUAGUCUUUUGUGGGAGCAGAAAGAAACUUUGUCCAAGUUUGUAUGCAGUGUGCAGAUGCUGAGAUGCAGGAUUGGAGUUGCAGACAUUUAUUUACCUUGUUAUUCCAAUUCAUUGGAUUAAUCUUAUAGUCUUUAUUGAAAUUGCAUUGACAGUUACAAUGUAUUACAUAUAUUCAAUUAGGUUUAUUAGAAGUGUAGAUAUAUUUAAAUGAAGAUAUGUAGAUUUUAAAGGAACACUUUAGGGUCAGGAAUACAUAGUGUUAAAACCACCAUCUAGCCCCCCUGGUCCCCUCAUGCCUCCAUAAAUAUAGCAAAAUCGUACAUGUAUUCAAGCCUGAAGCUGUAGUUUUGCAUGCUGUUUGCCUCAGAAAAACAAGCAGUCUGCUGACACCAUCAGAAAUGGUGGCCUGAUCCAAUCACAAUGCUUCUCCAUAGGAUUGGCUGAGACUGACAAGGAGGCAGAUCAGGGGCAGAGCCAGCUCCAAUUCAAACACAGCAUUGGCCAAUCAGCAUCUUCUCAAUUUAAUCAAUGUAUCUCUAUGAGGAAAGUUCAGUGUCUGCAUGCAGUGGGAGGAUAUACUGAAUGUUUGGAUGCAUUUUAGGCAGCCAUGACCCAGAAAGGAUCUCUAACAGCCAUCUGAGGAGUGGCCAGUGAAGUUAUCACUAGGCUGUAAUGUAAACACUGCAUUUUCUCUGAAAAGACCGUGUUUACAGCAAAAAGCCUGAAGGUAAUGAUUCUACUUACCAGAACAAAUUCAAUAAGCUGUAGUUGUUCUGGUGACUAUAGUGCCCCUUUAAAGUAAUAAACGUGCAUAUGCACUUUCUGCCACAAGGUGGGAGUGUUGGGUCUUUUGCAGAAUUUAAUAUACUUUCGGAUAGAUUUUCAAAUUCUACUGGUCCUAGCAGCCCAAGGUAUCAUUGAACUGUAGAAAAUGUCAAACGGUUCUUGAGAUAUAUCACCUUUCUGUCUUGCUAAUUAAUUUAUGUUUAUAGAAAAUUUAAAACACAGCCUGAUGGUUGGUUCUAACUUUAUCAAGUAAUUAAAACUCAUUUAGACAAGCAUUUAUUGACUCCACAUUAGAAAUCCUAUAAAGUAACACUCUAAUAAAAAAAUGUUUUUAAAAAAACAAAACACUUUUUUUUUUUUUUUUCUUCUUAUUUUAAUCAGAUUUGUUUCUUUUUCUAAGUUUGGAAUACUUAUUCAAAAAAAGUAAACCCUCCAAGCAAAAUAAGCUCACAGGCCACUGUAGUCACUAAUUGUUUGACUACUUUCCCUGGUAGGGCACUCUUGGUACCAUAACCACUAUAGGUGCUUUGAAUUUUCCUUAUAAUAAUUCAAAUCCCUAUAAAACGUGCCUUUACUCCAGUGCUGGGAUUGUCUGCUCUUAGCAGCUUGGGCUGAUGGAGAACCUCAUAGCACGUGGAAGAUGUGUGGCAGUCACUGCACUCCACCAGUUCAGUGCUUUUCAUAGAGAAGCAUUGAGUCCAUUGCUUUUAUAUGAAGAUGAAUGAACUGCGCACGUUGUCAUGCUUUACAUGAAGGCUGUAAGAAAGACUCAACUCUAGACAAAAUUUUUACUAAUUGCAAACAUUGCCCUAGAAAAAAAACCAGCAGGUAUACAUCACAACCACCAAAUUAACAUGUAGUGGUUUUGGUACUUAGUGUGCCUUUUAAUUGAACUGUGUAACUAUAUAUCUAUAACGGCACUUCUCAGCGGAGAAAGAAAAGUCCAGAAGUCCAAUGAUACCAGAAUGGACUGUAAAAUAUCAUCACAAACUAACUCUCCGAUGCUGAGAUUUGAUUACACAGUAUAUAGCUAUAUCUGUGAAAACAGGUUCAGAGUCAUUAGCUGUGUAUAUCUUUAAAGCCAUUAUUAGAUGGCACAGGGAGUACAUUGUAACCAGCAGGUUUCUGACAUACAAGUUGAGUUUGCCUAAUAACAGAGUGUUUUAUAACAGGGUGAGAUUAACUUCCAGAAUCCCCUUUUAAGUGGUUAUAUUUAAUCAGCAGUGUCCGAAUUACAGAAUGAAAUACUCUGUAUCCAUGUACCACGUUAUAUAACGCAGUAUAGUGAACCGUACUGAGCACAUCAUUCACAGUAAUUUGAAGGAUGGAGUGAACCCCUAAUCUUAUAACAUUAAAUAAUGUAUUAAAAAUAUGCAUCCGUAGUGACUUCUGCUCAUGUCAGAUAGUGUCCCGAUGCUCCCAUUCUUUUUAUUUUGAAACUAGGGGUUAAGGGAAUAGUAAGAACUAUAAGGAUAUGGAAUUCUAUGCCUGAAGAGGUGGUUUUAUCAGAUUCCAUACAGAUGUUUAAACAGCAAUUAGAUAAAUACUUGUAAAAGCAUAACAUACAGGGAUAUAAUUUCUAGUUAGUGGGGUAAUGGCUUCUUGAUCCAAGGAGAUAUCUGACUGCCAUUUUGGGGUCAAAAAGGAAUUUUUUUUUCCUAGUUUGUUGCAAAAUUGGAAGUGCUUCAGACUGGGUUUUUUGCCUUCUUUUGGAUCAACAGCAAAAACAUAUGUGAGGAAGGCUGAACUUGAUGGAGGCAAGUCUCUUUUCAGCUAUGUAACUAUAUGUAGUUAAGUACUUUGCUGCAAUUCCUGCCAACUGAUAAGUUUAUUUUAAUCUAAAAGUUAUAGUAUAUAUUUCCAUAUCUCAAUUUGCAUGAAGUUUCAUUUUUGCUCAUCACCUUCAUAUAUCAUUGUAGGUUACUGUAAUAAAGAAUGUUGCUGACUUGGGAGAUCAUUUAAUGUUAAUAAGAUUCAUAUUGUUACCUUUAGAUGUAUCUGACUGGGAUUCAACCAGCCAUUCCCCAAAAUACACCACUACUACUACACACAAGACUGAAAGGCUGACGGAAGACCUCCCUCUAGAGGCUAAACCUAGAACUACGGCACCAGAGCCCAUGACUGUGGACCUGUCUUCUAGUUUGCCUCCUGUACCACAAGAAGAAGAGGAUGAUGAUGAUGAUGAUGAUGAUUUUGAUGAAAAGCACGUCCAGUCUGUCUUGAAAGAAAAUGUACUAAACUCCUCCAAGAGGGAUUUUGAACAAAUGGGAAAAAACAAUGGCAAGUUCUACUUUUUCCAUAGUUUGUGCUGCUAGUCCUCUUUUAAAACUUAUCAUAAAUUCAAUGAUAUCAUUUUUGAACUGUAUGGUAAUAGCUUCUUGAUCCAAUGAUAAAUCUGACUGCCAUUCUGGAGUUAACAAGGAUUUUUCCCCCACUAGUUUGUUGCAAAAUUGGAAGUGCUUCAAACUGUUUUUUGUGUUUUGUUUUUUGUUGCCUUCUUUUGGAUCAACAGCAAAAAACGCGUGAGGAAGGCUGAAUUUGAUGGGCACAUGUCUCUUUUCAUACCAGAUUCAGUGGAGCGCUUAAAUAUGUGAAUAAAACUUAAUAGUACACCUACUGCAAACAAGGAAUGAAUAUAUAUAUAUAUAUAUAUAUAUAAUAUAUAUAUAUAUAUAUAAAAUAUAUAAAAUAUAUACACACCAUAUUUUUUUUUACAUAUCCUUGAACAUCCAAUGUUGUGUAUACCUUUAAGAAAAAUACAAAAAAAAACAGAAAUAGUGCAGUACCCUUAUGUACAUAUGUGUGAUAUACACAUAAAUUGGAACACUCACAUAUUCCAGAGCUAUAACCUAGCUCUGGGAGUUAUUUUCCUGUAGGUCAGUUUAGGCGACCUGCCCCCUUUUCUUUAUGGAGAGUAGUUUAGGAGUUUUCUUGUGUAUUCAGCAAUAGUAUGCAGUAUCUCAAGGAAAGAUAGUGUGAUACCGUUUGUAACAAAUAUUUUCGUAUAAAUAGGUACUAGGCUCACAAGCCUGGAGCCUAGUAAUUGGCUCAGUUGAACAGCAGAGUAUGGUUAGGGACCAUACACCCCUUGGUUGUAGAAUGCAGGAACAUUGAUGGUAAAAUAAAAUAUAAACCUUAAAAAGUAUAUACUUUAUUAGAACUUACAAUUAAAAUAUCAAAUAAUAAUAUAAAUAGUUCCAGAAUGGCUUCUUCAAUCUGGUGCAGUAAAACAUGUUUCUUUUCAGCCUAUGUAACUAUCUUUAUAAAUGGUUCUAGAUUUUAAAUGUUCCCAUGAUAAUAAGCAUGUUGACAAAAAAAAAAAAUCUAAAUUAUUCUGUAAUGUCCAUUCAUAUCUAACGGUUAGCCCACUGUUUUUAUUCUGGUAUAAAGCAAAUCCGCUUUUUUCUGUAAAAAAUAAAUAAAAAAAAAUUGGUGAAAUAAAUCAUUGUAAUUGGAUAGCUGUAUUGAGAGUGAGGGUGUGGAAUUGUGAUCAAUAUAUGAAGAGAGUUGGAAUAACACAAAUUCGAGUUGAAGACAAAGUUCAGAGAUAGAACAAAGAGGAACAAAGAAAGCUAUGAGAUAAGGUAGAAGAAUAACAAAAGGGGAUAGAAUCCCUGGACUUCAGUGAUAAAAAAUAAAAACUCGCUCGCUAGUGUAAGGAUUGGUCAGUCCAGAUCGGGGUAAAGAUCAAGAAAGGAAACCUAAACAGGGGUUGCAUGAUAUUUAUCCUGUCCAUUUCUAUUUUUCAAAAUAGAUUUUAGAAAUGCAGUGACUAUUAAUUUUGUUUUAUUUACAGACUCUUUAAAGAAAGCAGUGCUAACCCAAGUAAAUCACAGUGCAGUGGUAAGUGUUAUUGAAGUUCUAAUUUUCAAAGUAUGAAUUGUUUCAAACAAAUCAAAAACGUGACAUCUAAGUAUUCUGAGAACCAGUCAUUUAUAUUGGUAACGUGUUAUGGGUUAUCAAUUAAAAACUACAUCAUUCAUUCAUCAAUGAGUUAAUCAAGACUCAUAUCAAUAUUUUUCAUAACUGCAAACACAACAAAUUAGUUUUUUCUUAAAGGAUCACUAUAGGCACCCAGACCACGUCAGCUCAAUGAAGUGGUCUAGGUGCCGGGUCCGUCUAGGGUUAACCCUGCAGCUGUAAACCUAGCAGUUUCAAAGAAACUGCUAUGUUUACAUUAGAGUUAAUCCAGCCUCUCAUUGACAGCCGCUAGAGGCGCUUCUCACUGUGAAAAUCACAGUGAGAAGACGCUGACGUCCAUAGAAAAGCAUUCAGAAAUGCUUUCCUAUGGACUGAUUGAAUGCGCACGUGGCUCUUCCUGCGCAUUCAGCGCUGACGUCAAAAGAGGAAGGAGAGUUCCCCAGCGCCGAGGGAGCCCAGCGCUGUAGAAAAGUAAGUGUUUAACCCCUUCAGCGUGGCAGGAGGGGGGCCAUGGGGGUGGGGGGGCCCUAAAGAACCUAGAGUGCCAGGAAAAUGAGUUUGUUUUCCUGGCACUAUAGUGGUCCUUUAACUUGAAAUGGUGUAUCCUAGCUGCCAUGGAUCUUGCUUAGGGUAAUUUUCUUGUCGUCUGGUUAUACAUGUAUUUUUUUACUUGUUAUGUCUGUUAUAUUACCAGCUUUUAUAUAAUUUAAUUUGCAGACAUAACAAAAAGAAAACGUACAUGACGAAUUGUGAACAUCCGUUUUUAAAUUGUUUACUCAAACAAGCCACUGCAAAUUAACUUCCCAUGAGUUGGGAAGGUAUAGGAUCAAUCAUAGAAAGGCAGAUUUCACAUGUAAUUUCAUACAUAAAAGGUUACAUUUUGAUUGAAGAGGUGGAGUGGCAAAUUGUAUUUUGGGCUAAUUGACUAGAUGGAGAGUUGUUGAUCACUUCCUUCAAAUAAGUUGCAAACUCUUCAAUUUAGAUUGUGAUCAAGUUGAACAAAAACAUGCAUUCCGUUUUAUUAGGUGUAACUUGUUCAUUGUCUGAUUUGUUUUGUCUGUGUAUAUGGAGGUUGAGGACAUGUUAAAGGUAGCCAACUUGACAGUCGGCAAUGAAGUCAGCAGUCAUGUUCAAAACAAAGUGACUUCACAGCAGCCAUUUGAACCAAAGGUGGUGCAAAGUGUCGAAUACAAUCUGGAGUCGUCGUCGUCGUCGUCGUCGUCCGACUCAGAGCAGCCAUGGGAGGAGAGAUAUGAAAAACUGUGGGUUGACCGUGAGAAGAAGGAAGUGAAAACGCAUUUCAAAGAGGUAGCAGCAGAACUGAAGCACAAGUUUGGAGAAAUUACUGAAACUAAGAAAAAAGAGACCAUCUCAAUUUCUGAUAAUCCAAACAAUAGCAAAAAUGAAAUGCACAAUAUGGAUAUAGAAAAUACUGCUACGUUAAGUUCAUCACAAGAAAAUGUGUUCCUAGAAAAAGAUAAUGCAUUACUGGCAAUGGCAAAAUUACAACCACGGAUGGACCUUAUCCAGUCUAACAGCCAAACUCCCGACUCAACAAAUGACCAAGUGGGUGAAGACUUUCAAAGCAGUGACUCUAUUCUUUUGGGUACAGAUGCAGAAAAAAAUCCUCUGGAAAUUAAGCUGAACUGUGAUCACUUUCCUGGAACAGAUAAAACAGGUGGUGCUAAACAUUCUGAAAAAAAAGAAAACAACCUCUUUUUCACAAAUAAAAACUGUGACUUUAAGCUUGACGUUUCUAGCGUGCAGAUAAAGAAAUAUUUGCAGGAGUCAUUUCCGUCCACUACUGAAGAAAGAGAGAAUAAUAUAUUGGAGUUUAAUACUGAAAAUAAAGGUUGUAGACUUUUACAGUCUUUAAAACCUGGAUCAACCGAGAAGAAAACAAGUGUAACCCAAACACACGUGAAUUUGCAUUGCCCGCAACAAAGUGAGCUUGAUAGUAACCAACCUGUACAAGUGCCACUUGAGAACCCAAGGGCGUCACAGUCAUUCUCUGAAGUUCACCGAAAGCCUCUGGAUAAACAAUUGGAGCAAGAUAUGCAAAGAUUUAAGAAUGAGGUAGGAAUGCUACAAUCAGUAUUCCUGAAUCUGGUGAAAGGGAAUGGACCACUUCAGAGAGAGGUAGACGCUUGUCUAAUGGAAACUCCCAUUUCUCUGAUUUCUUUCCAUAUGAAUGUUCAUUUUUACUAGUCUGUAAAAAUGAGUCUCUCCUGUACUGUAAAGGUUUGUACCCAAAUCAUUCACUAAGAGCUUGGCAAGCAUUGGGGGAAAAGUCUGUCUGAAUUGUCUUCUCCUCACGAAACCUGCUACUUGGACGAUGGUGUGUUUCCAUCUUUGUGUUUCGUUCAUCUUUCAUCAAAGCUCAAACUGUACCUGGAUUAUCAUUUGGGGGACUUUCAUUCUGCUGUGGUGUGUGCUUACUCUCUCGUCUUGUAUUUGCAAUCUCUCAAGGCCACAAUCUGCCCAUGAAUCACAACUAUAUCUUAAUUCUUCUCAUUUCUUAUGAGUUUCCAUUUUUUUGAUGUUUAAUCAUUUUCAAUAAUUGUGUAAGCAUCAUACAAAUUCAUAUGUUUUUGUGUUUCCCAUUACAUGUUUUGUAUGCUGUGUUUUGUAUUUUCUUUGUUUUACUAAGCUUGCAUUGUGUAUGCUGUGUUUUGUAUUUUCUUUGUUUUACGAAGCUUGCAUUGUCUGUGCGGUGUAUAUGUUUUUUUGUUUUGUUUAUAUAUAGUUCCUGGCUAAUGUACUAACCAACAGCAUAUUGAUUGACCAAUAGGCAAUUUACCCUGUGUUUUGCUUUGUUAGGUUUAUCAGAAAGAAAAUGAAAAACCUCAAAGUGUGCAAAUGAAACCAGAAGGUGACGAUGUGUGUGACAGUGGCAAGGAUGUGCUAAAGACACCUGUUACUUCUGAUCUACAAGAUAAAACUAAGCAAAUGGCAAGACAGAGUCAAUUCAAAGGGUAAGGCAAAUAUGUCUUGUAUGAAAGUGACAAAUACAGCUAGGUAUAAAUGACCUGGCAUUUCAUAAGUUUAUAUUGAGUAGUUGUUUUUUCCAGCUCUACAGUCCUAUCUUAUUGUUUCUGUAAUAAAUAACUUUUUUUUUAUAUUUACACAACUCUAGCUGUAAUGCAUUUUUGAGAUUCUGACAGCAGUGUUCACAAAUCUGCUACUGUUCCUGCUAUCAAAAUAAGUAAUUCCCUGGGAGGUGUAUGAGGGAGGUGUGUGGAGGAUGGGAAAAGAGGUGUUCUUUUGUGAGCACCAUUGUCUUCACAAAAUCCAUGGAAGCUACUGCGGUCUGUCUGAAUAGAGGUUGUACCGGUUAUAUCAUAUUUAAAUGGAUUGUCACAGUAAAUUCUGUUGGAUCACUUCGUCUACAAAUCAUAGCUACAAAUCGAGAAAUAAUUCUGGAUUACCAUCCAUGAAGCUAUUUGUACAUUGUGAAAAGACAAGGUCAAGUAAAGUUGACCAAAUAGAGGGCAGAUGAGGACAGCAAUGACAGUAAUUUGCCAAACAGCUUCUGGAAUAAUGUUCCCCAGGAGAAGAAAGUAAGCGCUAAUUAACAAAUGGGCAGCAACCCUAAAAAGGGGUUCCCCUCAAAACCCUUUUAAAAUACAGAAAAAGUGAUAAGAAAAAAGACAUAAGGGCUGCGCUAAAAUCCUAUAGCAAGCGAUAAUAUAAUAUGUAUAAAAAACACAAAUAUAAAAUAAGUCCAAAUUUAAGUAAGAGUCCAAAUGGAUGGAUCUUACUCUGAUCAGAUAAUAAGUAAAAUGCUUGAUCGGAGUAAUAUCCUCACUUUCUUUAUCCGGGCAGAUCUACUCAUAUGAAAGACAAGAUUAAGAGGAACCAAUAGUGUAAUAUGUACAAUCCAAUAUAUUCGUUAUACGGAAGAGAUGGUAAUAAACUCACAUUUGUUAGAGCUAUAGAUAGCUCUAGUGUGAAGGGCGCACAGCGGUACAAUCCCCGCUUAUGCAAUAUGCAGUGAGCUGCUUCCGUCAAGGGUUUGUUCAACAAUCAAGAGAAGGGUACAAAGAGACAACUAAUAGCGCUCACUGAAUUAAACAACAGUAAUAAGAUAAAUAAAAUAGUACUCACAAGCGAAGAGCAGGCUACCUGCUCUUUGAUGACAGCGUUGCUUGUAUGAUCCCCCACCUACGAUUUCUUGGAGUGCAGGAUAUUAAAAUGCCAGGUAAAAAUAAAAUCAAUAAAAGUGUAUUGAAAAGAUGAUUGGCACAAGUGGAGUAACCAAAAAAUCUUUUAUUAAUCUAAAAUAUACAAUUUUAUAUGCAGACAUAUAAGUGGAGUGACCAAUUUUAUAUUGUGUAUUUUAGCUAUUAAAAGAUUUCUUUAAUGGGAUGUUAUAAGGAUCAAGACAACUUUAGCUUAAAGGGAUUCUCCAGUGCCAGGAAAACAUAUUCGUUUUCCUGGCACUGCAGGACCCUCUAGUGCCCCUCUCCCUCCACCACCCAUACCAAGUUGCUGAAUGGGGUUAAAAACCCUUCAGUGACUUACUGGAGUCCAGCACCGAUGUCCCUUGGCACUGGGUCAGGCUCCGCCUUCUCUCCUCUCCCGAUGACGUCAGCAGGCGGGGGAGACCUAAUGCGCAUGCGUGGCAAUGGACCUCCCCUUGGGAAAGCAUUGAAUAAUGCUUUCAAUGCUUUUCCAAGGGGAUUUCGGUGACGCUGGAGAUCCUCACAUAGUGUGAGGACGUCCAGCGUCGUUUUAAAACACUUUUCGUGUUCUAUGAACACAGAAGUGUCCUCUAGUGCCUGUCUAGUAGACAGCCACUAGAGGGGGAGUUAACCCUGCAAUGUAAAUAUUGCAGUUUAUGAAAACCAAUGGGCAGAAGUGGUCUGGGUGCCUGGAGUGUCCCUUUAAUAGAGUGGUCUUGCUGUAUAGAUCAAGCUCUGCAGUGUAACUGCUCAAUUCUGUGUAAUUUAGGAAUUAAUUCACUUUUUUAAUUCAGCCCUAGGCUGUAAUGUAAACACUGCUGUUUCUUUGAAAAGACAGUGUUUUUACACCAAAAAGCCUGCAGGGACUGACUACACUAACCAAAACUACUACAAUAAACUGUAGUUGGUCUGGUGACUAUAGUGUCCCUUUAACGACGUGGCAGGUGUUGUAAAUUACUCCCGAAUACCCAACUUAAUGGGCCUGCAGGUUAUGAAACACAGAAUGCCUUGACAGCUAAGAAAAUAAAUAUCAAUCCACUUAACCCAAUGUUUCCAUUUUAAACGAGGGUUUAACACCCUGUGCAUUCACAAAUAACCCCCAAAUCUUUUACAUUCAGCUAUACGCAUAAUAUGCUGCAUUUCAAGUAGCAAUCUCCCGGUGGUUUUUGUGCACAAUUGGGUUUGCAAGGAUAUCAUCGUAUUACGUUAUAUUUAUCUAUUUCUUCGUUUGUUUUAUUUUUGUUUUUUUGUCCCAUCAGGAAAGAUGGAUCUAAACGAACAAGGAAACCACUUGGAAUUAAAAUCCCUGAUAAGCAACAGAAAGCCACUACAAAUGGGCACUUACUGGAUGUAUAUGAUGACAGCACGUUUAGUGAAACAUCGCAGGAAGACAAUGGAAGGUAUGAUAAAGCUUCCAGUAUAAUCUUGUACAUUUGUUCGCUCUAGUGGGAAUAUUAAAAGUCUGAAUUGAGCAGCGCCUUCUUUAAAUCAUACUCCUCUUCACUUUGUAUAUUUCAUCUAUGUGAAUAUACUGGCACUUCGUAAAUCUAAAACUGUGGGGAUAAAAUGGUUACCGGAAGCAAGUGUGGUUGCACUCUCUCUCUCCCUGCAUCUGUGUGCACAAUAUGGGGAAAAAUUACAUAAAAGCGAACCUAAUCGCUGCAGCAAUCUUUUUGCAAAUCGCUGCAGUAUAAGAUGCUGUCCGAACAAAGACUGAGAGUAGAGUAUUCUCUGACCCUUUAAAUAGAGUUCCAAGAAGGAAGCAUUACAACCUUAAUGACUGUAAAGACGUAAUUGCUAAAUUAAUGAUAUCGUUGAUCAUUAUCAUUAAUGAUGGACGUAAUUGCCAAACUAAGCAAGAUAUCAUUCGUUUAGCAAUUAAGUCUUUACAGUCAUUGGGGUUGUAAUGCUUCCUUCUUGGAACUCUAUAUUUAAAGGGUCAGAGAAUACUCUGCUCUCAGUCUUCUGAGAGCAUUUUAUAACUGCAGUGAUUUGCAAAAAGAGAUUGCUGAAAUUAGGUUGUUAUGGUGACAGAGGGCCACUGGGUGCAUUCUUUCCUAAGUUAAACUAUUCAAGAACAGUGUAACCUCAUAGGUUGCCUCCAGUGCUGGAUCUGCAUUUCCCACAGCGACAUCCGGCUUUAUUUAUUUUAAUUAAAUGCCAAAAUAGCCAAACUGGAAACGUUCUCGAAGUCAGCUAUGCUUUUCAGUUUGGCGACUCUGCCUUUACAUUUGGAAAUCAAUUAAUAAUCCUAGUAGAGUAGAGUAAAGGCUACUUCACACCUUUGUCAUAUUCACAGGGAUCUGUCAGUUAUACCUCUUCUUGUGAUAUGUUUCGCAUGUGUAAUAUUAAGAUUUCUUUCUGUGUAUUCUGUCAUAAUAAUUAUUUUUAUUCCUUUAUUUUUAGGGAUGAUAAAUUCUCUAACGAAAAAGAUAAGGUAAUAUCAUGGAAUAUUGUCUCACAAGACCCAAGAUGUCAUUACUGUAUUAGAUCAGUAUCCCCAAAAAAUGUGAGGAGGUUGUGAACAAAUUGUGUGAGGCCCAUAUUACUCCUUUUAAACAUCACGGCCAUAAUCUUGAAACUAAAGUUCUGUUGGUAGACAAAUACGUUCACUUCCAUAAACAACCAUCUUCAAAGAACAUCCGGUAUGGACGACCUUACCAGCUAAAGAAUCUGAAGUUAUCGGUGGGACUGGGGGAGGGAACAAAGGUUUCUGCUGUCAGUCUGGCUAAAGUUAAAAAGUAAAGGCUCUUACCUGAACCUGUAUUUUGAUUUUCAAUAGAUUGACGAUGGAGAUGAAUUUGAUGAGCUUUCCCAGUCCUCCGAUACUACAACUGAUGUUACUGAAUCGCCCACGUUCAAAAAUGCAAUGUUAUUGGUCGAGCAGCUCAACGUUGAUGGUCAAGGUAAUGUUUGUUUAUUUUAUUCACAUAAGCAUAUAGAAUUUAUUUUAUAUUUUAUGAAACACGCAGUUCUGUAUCCAUGCAAUAUGUGCAUGUAUUCCUUUUUAUGUAGAUUCUCUGAACCUCUUAAAAAUUCAAGAUAUAAUCCGCAAAUAUGAAAGAUCAUUGCAAAAAGAAAACGGACGAUACUCCCUUCUGCUCCGAAAAGUAAAAAAAAUGGAAAGCAAUCAUAAAGAUCUGCAGCAGAUAACGGAAAAAAACAGGGAGUUAAAGUCCGUGCUGGAUCACCAAAAAUUGGAAUGGGAAAGUGACCUGAAUCAUUUAAGGUUAGCAAUGUAACAGUCAUUUGUCAUUUAUCUAUUUGUUGUUAUAGGUACAUUAUAAUGCAAAGUAUGGGAUGGGAACACAUGAUCUGCCCAGAGACAGACAGCUAUAGACCUAUUAAUUCAUUACAGAUAUAUGUCUCUGGGUAGUUCAUGUUAUAACAUCCCAUACUCUGCUUUCAAAACUAUAGUGCUCAGUAUUAAUGACAAUGUGCAGCCCCUAGUCUCCGGACAGCACCGAGACAUAUAUAUUUUGACAGUUUGCCCAAGAUUUGCGGGAGUUGCAUUCCUAGGCAGCAGUCUUCAUUAUUUACGUCCAUUCUUGAUAGAGGAGCUGAGCAGACCAAAACAACACCAUAAUCUCUCCUAAAUUAAAACCACCUUAACACUAACCUUCAUUUUAAUGUACCAAGUUAUACAGAAGGUUAUAGAACACUGGGGUUUGGUUUUCAGAAUUGUGUUUGUUUUGCUUGUGGUGUGAGUUCUUGAUUAGUAAACUGCUAUGUCGUUGGUAUUACACCGGGGUGGGCGUGUUGCAACUGUAGAAAAAUACAGGGAAACUGGCUAAAUGGUUUAAAAAAAAAAAAAAAAAAAGUGCUUUCUGGAAUGUUUUCUAGGUUUAUGCUGAAACAAGAGGAGGAGAAGCGAAAGAGUGCGGAUAUACUGUACGAGAAAAGCAGAGAACAACUGAGAAAGAAGGAGGAUCAAUGCUGCAAAGAAAUGGAGGACAAGCAGCAGCUGGAGAUGACCGUGCGAAACAUGGAGCGUGAAUUGCGCAGUUUGAGCAACAACGUGAAACAGGUAUUUUGAGUCCGGGAUAAAUAGAGCAAGUGUUCAAUACAUUACGUGUAACCUCUCAUCGCAAAUGUAGUACUUUAACAGAACCGUGUGCAUGGUUUCAUAAUAAACCAAUGGUUCUUAUCAUUGUCAAACAGACCCAAAUAACACCUGGUGUUGGCUUGAUGAACCAUUCUUCCAUUGUAACAUUCUGCAAAUGUAGCAUUAUUAUGUAACAAAAUCAGACCUCUUAGUUAUAUUAUUUACCCAGUGCCAAGGUCUAUAUUGCCAAAGUAUCCAAUUUAUUGUAGUAGUUCCUGGUGGCAGGGCCUUGUAUUAAGAACCAUAUAUCAUGGAGAAAUUAAAUAUGUACAAAGAAACCGUUUACAGACCGCAAUAGUAUGAAAUAUACGUGGAAAGUCCAUAUGUUCUGAAUGAUCCUCUAACCCGUUGACGUGAAUGUGCUUCUGUUAACUCUAUCUUUGUUUCCACCUUGGAAAUAAUAAUAGCAAGAUGAUGCAGUAUCCUCAUUUCUGUCUCUUAAUCACCCUAUUCUUUAAGCAUUGCUUUUAGUUUAUUAGUAUACUUUCUUGGUGUAAUGUUUGUAGAUACACAGAUGUCAUCAUUGCCAUUUUUCAGGCUGAAGAAGAACGUAACGAAGCUCAGAGGUUGCUGUCACAAGAACGUAAUGCCAGAGUUCUUCAAGAAGAUUUCCUAAAUAAUUUGAGGAGGAAGAAUGAAGAAGAAGAAGCAGCAAAAAUAAUAUUGUCAAAAAGUGUUGAGGUACCUUGUUCUGUUUUUUGUUAUAUGAUGGUCAUGGGAGACUUCUGUCUAAAUAUGAUCAUUUUCUGAGUUCUGUGGAGGUAUAAAUCGAAGGCAGGAGGGGAUGCAGCAGUGAGCAGAGAGGUGCAAAUGACAUCACUAGGGAUGUGUGGUGGCAUACUCCUCUAUAAAGAGGACUUCUCAACCUAGUGCAAGAAGUACACACACUAGGCUAAUAAGCUGAUUUUUCCAUCCGCUAGUUUUUGCUUGGUGAGCUGCAGAAACGUUUUUACAAGGGUAGAUAAGUCACUUCGCAAGCUCACUUGGUGCACUCAAAUUAGAUAGUUUAGUGAAUUUGUUCUUGUGUUCCCAGAAGUGGGACACCAAACUCAAACUUCAGUUUUAGGAUUAGGGUUAGGAUCAUCAGGAUUGGCUGAACCAUUUCCUGAUUUAGGAAGAUUUGACACCAGUACAGGAACAUCAGUAUUUAUCUAUAUAUCACAAAUGCAUGAAAAGUAAUCUAAAUCUUUGCAUUUACAGGUCCAUAGCCAACCUUCAGAAACUACAGAGAGAGUGAAAGACUUAUCACAAAGGAAUCAUGCACUGGAAGAAGAAAUCACUUUACUUAAGCAAGAACUGGAAAAGGUCCAGUGUCAAAAUGAAGAAGAAAAGCGCCAAUACCUGGAUGAAAAUGAGGUGUUAAAAGAAAAGGUUGAUGACCUUAAAAAAGACCUAAAAAUUAACGAGGAAGCUUUAACUCAGAAUUUAAUUCAGUAUAAUGGACAACUUAAUGCACUGAAAACAGAAGCUACGAUAUUCUGCACUAAGCUCGAGCAUGAAAAACAGGCCAAAGAAAGACUAGAAACCGAACUGGAGUCGUUCCGUUCCCGUCUGAAUUCUACGCAACAGGAACAGGAGAAAAGUCAGAUGUUAAAAACAGAAGUUGAACGCACCUUUCAAAGGGAACGAGAUGAGUGGAUGCGUUCAAAGGACAAGUUAGACCACGAGUUGUCCAGCAUACGUGAAAACAAUAAAAACUUAUCUCAGCAACUGAGCAGAGCUGAAGCCAAAAGUAAUGAACUGGAAUGUGAUCUUCACCGACGAGGGUUAUCCUUCCAGGAGAAGGUCGUACUUUUAGAAAGUACACAAAGGGAUUUGACUCAAGCUCAAUGCAGAAUAAAGGAACUCGAGAGUACGCUCCAAACUGAGAAAGACCAGAUAAACAAAAAUACGAUAAUACUCGAAUCCAGGCAAGAGAGACUAGCUCAGAUUCAAAGCGAGAACAUGCAGCUUCGGCAGCAGUUAGAAGACAUGCAGAGUAAAGGUAUCUUUAAAGAUAAGUUGGUGACCGAUGCCCAAGACAAGUUUACGGAUAUAUUCAGCAAGCUGCGCGCUGAUACCGAGAGGCAAGUUCACUUGGUGGAAGAAAGAAAUAAAGACUUAAUCAAUAAGUCAAAUGAACUGCGAGAGCAAGUCUACCGGCUUGAGACUGAGAAAGUUGAGGGAGAGGUACGAAACAAUUUUUGUUUAUUAAUGUCUAAUACAGUGUUUCAAAUGUCCAGUAGAGCAGAACUCUUGGUGCAUAAUAUUUAAAUGAAGCUGGACAGCUGUCCACACGUGCAUGAUUUUCCCAGUCAGUGACAGCUGCUCACAAAAACAAAUGCAUGGGAGAUGCGGAAAAUGGAAUGAAAGCUGCGGUCAGAGAACCAGGAUCUACUUCUUGGCUUUUGCAGCUACUUCCAGAUCUUUGCAUGAGCUGCUGGUUUACUUCAAACAACAUGAUUUUGCUUUUUUUAUUUUGUCAAUGUUCACUGAGAUUCUUUACAAAAAAAAAUGCCAGUAAAACCCUGAUACUACUAGACUCACGUUUUGUUUGAAUACUAAAAAUCAGAAUUCAAAGUAAUGGUUCUAGAGCAAGCAUGUCAAACUUGCGGCCCAUAAUGAAUGUAUUUGCGGCCCGCGUGCCCUGGGGCGCUUUGUGCUGUGGCUGUGACCAGCCGCAAGACAGGAAAGAUAUUUCCUGUCUGAAGCUGGUCUUCCCUCCCAUGGCCACAAGAGCACAGCAUGGCUGUCUAUCUGCAGAGCAGGUCAGCCACUUCCCCAUCCCUCCUGCUCGCAGUGCCAGAGGAGCGUCUGGCCUGCUUAAGCAGAGAAAAGCAGGCCUGGAACUGGAGGACAGCUCAUCUUAAGGCAGGAGAAGAGGGGCUUUGGGGACCUUCCUGUGUAGUGUGUUAAAUUGGGGAGGGGAGCCAGUGUAUUAAUUUGGGGGGAGGGAGAGGGCCAGUGUAUUAAAUUGGGGAGAGGGGGCAGUAGAUUAGUUUAAGGGAGGGAGUGGGGGCAGUGUAUUAAAUUGGGGAGUAGUUUAAGGUGUAUUAAAUUGGGGAGUGGGGGCAGUGUAUUAAAUUGGGGAGUGGGGGCAGUGUAUUAAAUUGGGGAGUGGGGGCAGUGUAUUAAAUUGGGGAGUGGGGGCAGUGUAUUAGAGUUGAGGGAGGUAGUAGUGUAUUAGAUUGGGCCUGCAUGGAGGUUCUGAUUGGCUGCUUUUUUGCCUCACAUGCACAAUAUGGGAAAGCAUUGGAUUGGCUGAGAUCAUAAAGUUUAAAGAUCUCAGCCAAAUCGGACUACAAAAUCAGAUAAUGUAAUUUGGUUUUUUACAGCUGUGCAACAGCAUACAUUCACCAUUUUAGUCCUACUACCAAACUUUUCCUAAUAUGUCAAGGUAGUUUGGCUUAAACAUUGGUUAUAUGCAAAUGCACGUCUCCUUAAAAAAAAUUCGCUCUUUUGUUUACUUUGAAGCCCUACGACCGUGAGGACGUCAGUUAGGCAACAUUUUUUAUAUUGUACUUUUCAAAAUAAACCUACAUUUCUAUGAAAACUGGAGUUUUUGUUUUUUUGCGGCCCACAAACUAAAACCUUGUUUAUUUGGUCCAAGUUAGCCUUCGAGUUUGACAUGCUUGUUCUAGAGCUAUCAUUAAAGAGAAGGGGUGCACAAAUUCAGCAGCGACAUCACAGAUCAGAAAUCCCACUAGUCUAUCAAUUCAGAAAGUGAGACAACCAGGCCAAACAUUGAAAUAAUUGUUUAGUGCAGUCCUCUUCAGUUCACACACCCAUCCUAGAGCCGCAAUAUUAACCCUUUCAGUGCCAGUAACCCUACUGCUAAACUCUUGUACUGUGCAUCUAUGUCAUGGGGGUCUCCCUACAGCCAGUAAGAAUACUCUUGCAGGAAUUUACGCACUAAUACAUUUGUUUGUAUUUAUUAUAUGUUAAGAAAACAUGGCUGAUUUGUUUCAUAUUAACAAAAUAUAUACUCUCAGAGUGCACGGAGGCAGCUGCAGCAGGAACUGGCUGAUGCGUUUAAGAAGUUAUCGAUGUCUGAGGCUUCCCUGGAGGUGAUAACGCGAUAUCGAAAUGACUUGGAAGAAGAAAAACAGAACCUUCAAAAAGAAGUGGAAAAAUGUAGAAAUAAGGUAAGUCUCGAAUAUACAUAUAAAUGUCCUGUUUAUUCAAUGAAAGCUGCCAAUGCAGGAGAGUCCAUGCCUGUAUGGCAUGGGAUUGGUCUUUAAAGGAACACUGUAGCAUUAGGAAAACAAACCUGUAGUAGUUGUCUCUGCGUUUAGUUUCAAGUUCCCCUCCCAUAAAUCUAAGUAAAAAAUGGAAAAGGUGGGUUUUACGCCCAUUUUUUCCAGUGUCAAGAUCCAGUCUUUGCAGCUACUCAGUCAGCAUCUUGCGACAUCAUGACAACUCUUCUUUACGUCCAGUGCAAUGCUCCUCUAUGGGAGGGACUAAAAGCACAUGUGCAACCAUCACUGCAUUCUACCUUUCAAAUGAAGGUUAGCUGUGAGAGCAGAGUUUAAUUCGGUUCUAACAGCAGAAAUGCCACUAGUGGGUGUCACGAAGACAACAAGAGGUGUGUUUUAACCCUGCAACAUAUCUAACAAACUGCAAUGUUUUCCAUUAAUUGGUUAAAUCUAAAAGACCGCUUUGUUAAUGGUCCUUUAAGAAGUUCUAAUCGUAAGUUUACUUAUCCCCAAUCAUUAACAAAUAUGUAUUUGUGAGAUAUGAAAAAUAAAAUUGAAUGUAGUAAUUGUGACCUAUCUACAACUGCAACUGGGUUCUUCCAUCUUAGCCCCUUGUCAACCAUUGUUAUAAGAUCUGCCCUAUGUACCGGCAUAGAGAACACAUACAGAGAAGAUACAAAAUUAAACAAUGUUGCAAUGGAACGUUGGAAUGGAAACACUGAACUUUCCUCAUAGAGAUGCAUUGUUUCAAUGUAUCUCUAUGAGGAGAUCUUGAUUGGCCAGGGCCGUGUUUGGCUUGUGCUGGCUCUGUCCCUGAUGUGCCUCCUUGACAGUCAUAACCAAUCCAAUGCUUUCCUACGGGAAAGCAUUGUAAUUGGCUCGGAUCAUAACUUCUGCUGAUGUUAGCCAAGGACAUAGAUCAGGGGCAGAGCCAGGAGCAGCAGAUUGGAAAAAAACUUAAGAUUUUACUAUAUAUAGGGGGGUAAGGGGAGCGGGGCUAGAUGGUGUUUUUAACACGGUUGGGUCAGGAAUAUAUGUUUGUGUUCCUGAUUCUAUACUGUGUCUUUUUUAAGUUGCUUACCAAUCACUUAAACUAAAACAAAUAGGGGGGUACAUUGUUUUUAGCGGUCACACAUCAGGAUUUGGAACUUCGUACUGCAUAUAAACCUUAUCUUUCCCUUAAAAUGCUUUAUUUAUGUAAAAAAUAAGCAAUGACUGUAUACCCAAUUUGUGCGUGAAGCUGAUCUAUACUACUGUCUCUGAUCUAGUCCAAUAAUUCUUCUGGAAGGGAUUGCACGCGCAUUACUUAAAGCAUUUAAAGGAGGGCUCCAAGCAAUAAUUUAAACCCCCCUUUUAAAUGUGCCGUGAUGAUAAUAUUUUAAAAAGAUACAAGUACACACCUGAUGAUGUACCUAGUUAGCUACAAAUUUAGCUGGGGAAUUUUCUCUGCCAGAUCUUAUUCCUUAGAUUUAUGGGAUAGGUACAGGAAUCUUACUGAAAUCAGAGUGUCCAUGUUAAAGGACAAUUCUUUUUUUUUAUAUUUUUUUUUUUUAGAAAAUGGAGAAGUAGGAGAGUAGUCCAGAUAGAAAAAUUAAUGUUCCCACUGGGAACCAGAUUAUUGGAGUGACACUAAUGCAUAGAGCUGAAACAGAUUAAGGAUGGAUAGUGAUAAUAAUAAUAUCAGGGAAUACUACAGAAGGUAAAGCAUUUCUGAAAACUAACUUAUCACGAAAUGUCUUAUAAGUAUCUCUACUUAGGGUGAUACGAAUGGAUCUAUAUAUAAAUGCCUACAGGAGCUGAAUACUACUAAAUAGACCAAGCUCGUGCAUGCAAGUCUACCUCUAGAGAACAGUAUGUGUUAACUUAAGACGUAAUAAACUGCAGCCUAUAUCGUGAUUCGGUAGUAUAUAGAUUAACUCAAAUGUACACAGGCAGGCUAUCGGUGAAAACACAAACUGAUUCUAUGUAAUACAGUAUCAGACUUGUGUUUGUAUAGUCAUACCGUUAAAAAGAGGUCUCACAGUUAUAAGAUGGAUAGUGUCUAAAAUAGAAACCGUAUCCUUUAUGAGGUUCUCUCAGAACGGUAGAGCCUUGAGGGGUAAACCUCAGCGUAUACGGACCCAGAUCUGCGUUUGCCAGACAGUGAAUCUCCAAGGCGUUUAGAAAAGUAUCGAACUGUCCUCAGGUUCUAUUUUUCAGAAUAGAUACUAAUUCCAAGAGAGAAACAUCCGCUCUAAUACAAUAGAGUAGUACUGUAUGACCAACUAACACCCGGCUUCCCUAAAAAGUCCCAAUAUAAAAUCCCAGACAAGGAGCUGAAAUGCCCCUAACAUACGAGCAGGUAAAUGUUAAAUGCUCCUCAGAGCUCCCUCGAGUAAUUAAAUAAACACGGGAGAAAUAGGGAGUCUAGAUGUAACCUGCAAGAGUGGGACCGAGGUCCAGACUGUCAAGAGUGUCAGACUGCCGUUGGAUUCUAUGUGUAAUAUAGAUCGUGCUGGUGCUAAUAAUGAAGAGUAGCGUACAAUGCUACGUAAGAGAAAAGUAUCCUAUAGCACACUCCCACCCGGACUCCCUAGUAAGUCCCUCUAUAGGAGUAAUCAUACCCCCAACAUUAAAGCAAGUAAGUAUCCUUAAACUUCCAUACAGAUGGCUAAACAGUCUGAAGACACCUCGAGACAACCUCCCCUCCAAGCUAAAAUUAAAUAACACUAACACCCAUCACCUAAAGCCCAAAGUAACCAAAACAAACUAAAAACUAAGCAUUAAAACCACCCAACGCGCGUUUCGGCGCUAUAGUAUUGCGCCUUCGUCUGGGGCUAAUCUCUUACAUAGCAUUAUACGCUCAAUAUACAGGGUUAGGCCCUUAAAAUUGGAGGACAUUCUUAGGAGGACCUUACCUUUCAUUCGAGUAGUCCAGAUAGGUAUGAUUAUGGCAUGGAAAACGAUUCUCCCUAUUCUUUCUGAAUGUACAGUUACAUUUUCUUUUUUGUUUUGGCUUUUUUUUGUAAGGAUUUUUAUGCUUAUUACAAUGACUUAUGUUGUAUUGUUUUCUCAUAAAGAUGAGGCACUUCUCUUAAAGCGUCUCUUUGUCACUUUUCAGUAUUUCACGAAGAUACAAUCUUUACAAACUACUGAUCUUGACUGCUUUAAGAUGUAAUUAAAGUUCCAACACAAUCCAAAGAUACCAUAAAACAGAGUUGGGACUACCUUGUAUUAUGGUAAAUCUGAGGUUGACAAAAGGCUGAGAGCUCUGUUAAGGGGACACUAUAGUCACCAGAACAACUACAGCUUAUUGUAUUUGUUCUGGUGAGUAUAGUCAUUCCCUGCAGCCUUUUUGCAGUAAACAUGGUCAGCGAAAAGGCAGUGUUUACAUUACAAUCUAGGGACACAUGCAGUGGCCACUUCUCAGAUGGCUACUAUAGGUGCUCUCUGCAUGGAGACACUGAACUCGCCUGAUUCAAUGCAUCAUCGCUGAGUAGAUGCUGAUUGGGCAGGUCGGUGUUUGGGUCCGCUCCCUGGCCCUCUUCCUUGGCAAACUCAGCCAAUCCAAUGCUUUCCUAUGGGAAAGCAGUGUUAUUGGCUGAGUUCAUCACUUCUGAUGACGUCAGCCAAGGUGGCAGAUUAGGGGCAGAGCCAGCACCAUCAGACUGGAAUAAAGGUAAGAUUUUACUAUAGGGGGUUUGAGUGUGGGCCAGGGGGCUACAUAGUGGUUUUAACACUAUAGGGUCAGGAAUACAUUUUUGAGUUCCUGACCCUAUAAUGUUCCUUUAACUUCUAUCCAAACCCAGUAGCUGUCAAAAGUGGGAUUCAGACAUCGGUCCAUGGGGCUCUCACAGGAUCCUCUAUAAGGCUCAGUGGUGUAUUGUUGCUGCUUCUGGCAGAUGUAACCAGGAGCAGAAGAGGAUGAGUAAAGUGAGGAUGGCGGCCACGAGGGACAGCUUCAGGUAAGUACAACCACCUCCCCCUGCACCCCAUAAACCUUCACCGCAGAUGUCACUUUCGGGGGCUUUGCAAAUUAUGCAGACACCCAAAAAAGUGACAGAUCCGCUUUCAGCCCAUAGAACCUUCCACUUAAAGGCAAAAAUAAAACACGCAAGCAGCACCUGUUAAUUUGCAGCAAUUUUAUGUUUUUACAUCGGGAAACUGCUGUCAUUACUGAGCUCCACAUCCCAUAAAUUCCUUUUUGUAUGUGUGUAUAACAUGUUGUAUAUUAUUAUUUUUAAAUUAAAGUGUGCCUGUUUGUAUGGCUUUCCCCUCUGUUGGAUUUGUUUUAAACUUAAUUUUACGUUAUGUUUUGGGAAAUUCUAAGCUAAGUUUUUUUUUGUUUUUUUUUUUUUUGUUUUUUUUUAUAGCUACAAGAUUUAGAAGAUCAGUUUAUUCAGUCCGAACGACUUAACCACCAAUUAAAGAACUUAUUAGAUGACAAGGAGAGAGAAAUCGUUGUGGCAAUUCAGAAAGCACAGGAGUUCUCCACCGCAACUGCCGCAGCGGAAAAAUCUGCCAAACAGCUGGAAGAGCACGUGCAAAAGUAGGUACAACAUGACGUUUGUAAUAUUAUUUAUCAUUUAUUUCUAAAAUAUUUUACCAGGAAAGCUACAUUGAGAUUUCUCUCGUUUUCAAGUAUGUUCUGGGUCCACAAAUCAUUGCAUUGUUACAAUUAGGGUACAAUAAAAUACAAAAACAAUAUUAAUAUACAAUAAAUACAAAAUUUAACAGGCCGGAAAUAUAUAAUCAACCAUGACAGGUGCAUUCUGUUUUGAGAUAUGUAGAGAGGGAUCUCUUAAAGGACUUUAGGUUUGGGGAAGAUUUUAAAUUGUGCGGGAGGUCGUUCCACAAUUGCGGUGCUCUGUAGGAGAAGGAGGAUCGGGCCGUUUUCUUUUUGUAUUGAGGUAGACUAAGUUUGAUCACAUUUAUGGUUAAAAACCGCAAUUCUUUAUUUUUUUCCUAACUUUGUUCCAGUGUUAGUCAUUCAUUCCAUUACAUUCGGAAUCAAACAUGUAUGGCACCUUCAGAAAUAUUUAGAAGGAAUUUCUUUCAAUAGGUCUAUCUGGUCCAUAAACAAAACUGAAAAGUAAAUUGCCAAUUUCAGGGCAGAUUAGCCAAGAUGUGAUUUGAAGAGUUGGCAAGUUUUUUUCCACAUCAGUUAUUUUGCCUAAAAUUCUCAAAUUUCACUUUUUAGGCAAUAAAGAAAACCAAUAUAGUUCCAUAUUUUCUUUGCAUAAUGGAUGGUUUAUUAAUCAUUUUUAUCACGUUACCUUGUUUCAGGCUUGAAAUUGAAAAUGCCAAAAUUGAGGCAACUGCGAAGCAUCAAACCACUCAAAUUGAAAUCCUUCAGAGAGAGCUACAGGAAUCCAUUUCAGUAAGAACCAGAUGUAUCUGUUUAUUUAUUCACCCCAUUAGUCUGCUUUCUGCUUAAAACCACUUGCACACCGAUACCAGCUUCGACGUAUAGACAUGCUUUGGUAUGUGAAGAGAUAAAUUCAAUACACUGGUUCACAUGGGUAGUUUGGGAGAUUUUUCCCUCCUCACUGUGCUUUUUGCAAGGGUAGUCUAACAUUGGUUUGAUUAAGUCCAUAUUCUGACAUUGGCCUCAAUUUAGUAUGUUUUCCACACGAUUCAAUACUGUUAGGAAAACUUUCCUAAUGAUUUAUCUGCUUAAGUGACUAUUAAAUUAUUUCGGAAUUUUUGUAGAUAAAUUAUUUGGAAAGCUUAUUAAAUCAAAGCCUUGAUAAGCGAAACAUUGAAAUGGGUUCCAGGAGCAUUAAAUGGUUUUAUUAAGCUCUAGAUAUGACCAGUUCACUGGAUUUAUUAUCUGAAUUUAAUAAAAACAUCUGCACUGGAGCCCACAAUUGUUUGCUAGUUAAAUAUUAGAUCUAUGUAAAGAAUACCAUUCCUAGGCCUGUGUUUUAGCAAAUGUAAGAAUAAGAUAUAUAGAGUUAAAGUACAUUACACAUCCACUAGCAUCAAUGAUUGACUUAUCACACUGCAUUGCAGGUGUACAUGUUUCUCUUGUCUUUUUAUAGCCGACAUGCCCUGUAUGGCAUUAAUGGUCUGUAUUCUACAGUAUAAACCUAAGUCAUCACGUAUCCAGUAUGUUAUUAAAAUUAGAGAGAGGAACAGCUGGAUUCACCAGAGUAGCACAAUGCAUUCACUGUGUGUGGGUGUGCAGCUAUAUCUAUAGAAAUCUGUAAAAAGAGAAAAAAUCAGCGCUUAACUGCCACAAAAUUAUUAAGAAGGCAGCACACCUCAAAGGGGAGUCCCCUAUGAUCCCCUGAAAUAUGAAAUACAAUAGACAAAAAAGGAAGAUAAGGGUGCGCCUAAAAUGUAUAAACCAUAUAUAAUGUAUAAAAUAUAACAAUUAUAUAAAAUAUGGAAUAAAAGAUAAAUUGUAGAAUAAGUGAGAUAAUAGUCCAAAACACUUAUCGAAAGUUCGUUAUAGUAGUUUUUCCUUGUAGAGACAGCAAAUCUUGGGACGUCAGACGGAAUUAAGACUUCACAGUGAUGUUCUUGAAUCCGGUGAGGUAUGUAUAUAAAAAGGAAGCAAAAAAAAAGAGAGAACUCCAAUGGUACAGUAUAUUUUGAUUGAUAUACUGUACCAUUGGAGUUCUCUCUUUUUUUUUUUUGCUUCCUUUUUAUAUACAUACCUCACCGGAUUCAAGUACAUCACUGUGAAGUCUUAAUUCCGUCUGACGUCCCAAGAUUUGCUGUCUCUACAAGGAAAAACUACUAUAACGAACUUUCGAUAAGUGUUUUGGACUAUUAUCUCACUUAUUCUACAAUUUAUCUUUUAUUCCAUAUUUUAUAUAAUUGUUAUAUUUUAUACAUUAUAUAUGGUUUAUACAUUUUAGGCGCACCCUUACCUUCCUUUUUUGUCUAUUUUUUUUAUCUAUAGAAAUCUGUGACUAUAUUAAUAUGCUUCUCUUAUUGAUUUAUUUUGUUCUGUUUAUUUUUUCCGUAGAAUCGGAAUCGCAUGGAAGAUUUAUUAACAGGUUUGCAAUCAUCAAAAAUGGGCUUGGAAGAGAAAUUGAACCAGCAGGUAAAUAUAUCAUUAUUAGCAUAACUCCUUUAUAUAAACUUACUGCAAGGAACACAUGGAAUUGCUUAAAAACAAGGAAGUAAAAUAAUCUCUUUCUCGAAAUGUAAAUCUAAAGCAGUAAUUCUGUGGUUGAAUUGUAAAGACCCCUCUGUGGUUCCGUUGUUUUAGGUUUCCAAACAGACUGCUUUGUCUAUGAAUGCCCAUGAGUCUCACAGCAUGUGGGAAGAAGAACUCAAGUCCAGAUCCCGAUUAGGCAUCCGCCUGGCAGAGCUCGAUAGAGAAAAGGCAGAUUUGGUUGAACAGGUAAAGUUUCUAUAUAUAACUGGUAAAGCGCAGAUCUAAGGGGGCUGAGAUCCUGUGGCUUUGUUCUCUCGAGCUAUCGUGCUUUCAUAUGCUGAGUCAUUAGAUAAACCAUGUGUAUAAGCUUUGAAAGAAAUUCUAUCCUUUCACUGGUUUAUAUUUUGAAGGUUGAUCGUGAACGUAAAAAAGUGAAGAAACUGGCAGAAAUGAAGAAAUCUGUUGAAUCGCGGUUUGAUCAGGAAGUGAAGAGAAACAGUGAAUUACACAGAGACUUAACUGGGUAAUGCAGGAAUCAGAUUACUCACAAUGCAUUGGGGCUUGUGUAUAAAGAGCAGUACUGGGGGGGGGAGGGGGAGUGGGAUUCUAAAUAUGGAGCAAAUACCAUAAAAACCAGUGGACCGUUCAUUCUGAUUCCUUCACUUUUUGGAAAAAAAUUUUUUCUAAAAUAUACACCCAUGUGUUAUAGAAGGGUGCAUCAUAUGCAUAACUGGGUUAAUUCCUCGGAACCCUUAAUUUUGUACAGUAAACAGACAUUUCCUGUGUAGAUCAGUUAUAUAAAGUUCGAUACUGUGUUAAAGGAACAGUCGAACAUUAAAUAUAGUUCUAUAGAUUUUUAACAUCGGCGUGUUUCACGUUUAGCGUAGUUUUAUUCCCCAACUCCCUCCCAUCGGUCUAUCUGACAGCCAACGGAGGGCUGCUGUUUCUCAGAAAUAACAAUAAGUUGUCUGGGAAAACAGGCAGCAUCUAUACUCCUACUUUUAGCUGUAAUGGUUAUGGUGCUUCACAUUUAGAACCAGUGCCUCUGGAAUGCAUUUUACCAUCGCAGCUUUGUUCCUCAGUUGCAGGUACCUAUUUAUGGUCUUGUUUUCUGUAGGAUGAAGAAACUUUUGAAAACCACUAAAAAGAAACUGAAAGAAUUUGAAUCUCUUGGCCACCAGCAGAGCAGACCUGAAGAUGGAUCCGCACACAAAAACAUUGAGUCCGAUUCUGAGCGUUCUAGAUUAAAAGAUAAGGUAUCACUAUGUGUCUUCUGAAUUGACGUUUUACAGUAUAUGUUUGAGUUGGGUUUUUUUUUGUUUGUUUUUUUUUAUUUAAUAACUAUUUUACUUCAGAAGGGCUUAAAUAAUAAGCACACUAAUCUAUACUACAUUAAACGGGACUCUGUAGUCACUAUAACCAUUUCCUCUCUUUUGAAUUGGUUAUAGUGCCUGGAGAUCCCUGGCACUGUCCCACCAUUCACUGUUACACCAUGUCUGAGGAGUUUAUCACUAAAUAAGGUUCCUGGCCACUUCUGGGGGUAUGGCUAAGCAGAAAUUACACACUUCCUUUAGUCAUACCCUUCAUACGUCAGUUGGAGCUCUGAUAGGCUAAUAGUAGUCAGCUGAUGCUCUCAGCCAAUCACAGCUGCCCAUCGCUGCUCAGGUUAAUACUUCCUCGAUAGCCAAAGCAGCACAGAUGGGAGGGGCUCCUGGAGACUCGCAUUUAGCAUUAAAACAUAAAAAAAAAAAAAAAAAACCUGUUAAAUGUUGAUUGAAAUGACAAUACCAGGGACUCCAGACACAAUAACCAGUUUAAUGAGAUGAAGCAGUAGUAAAAAAUCGUUGAAAACAAACUUUCAUAUUUUUUUUUUUAAAUGAAAAACUGCUUCAGUCUGCGCCAGGGAAUACAUAUACAUAUCGCUGUGAAUUCUCUGUGCUGGAGCCAAUAACAUUCAUGCAAUUGCGGCUUUCAAAUGCUUCUCAGUGAGCUGUAGUACAGCCGUGUGAGGCUAACGGAAGUGGAAGAAGUCCUCCCCAGCUGUCACUUAAACAUUUCCAACACUCUUGUGUUAUAAAAAUAAAAAUUAGAUGGCACAAAAAGCACUUGAGGAAGCUGAAAUGCUCUGUGCCUGGACUGUUCCUUUAAGCAAAUAAUUCACUCUUGCUAUGGAUCGUCUUAUAGCAAACAAGUUAUUCUUAAAGAGAACUGCAACAAUGCACUUUGUAUCCAUUGUGCCAUUUUCCCUUUUGAUCUUUAAUAAUGCUGUUUAAGUUGAUGAACAUUACAGUGAUAUACUAAAUCCGUAAAAAGUGCAGGAAUGCUUGACAAAAUGUGUUACAGAAUUUCUAGCUUGCCAAUUUGUACUUGUUGAUAAUAUCUGAGCUCCAUAUGAGCGAGAGACUGUCUCUCUUACCAGACUGUUCCGCUACAGAAUGUAAUCGAUUUUUUUUUUUUUUUUUAUGUCCUCUAUAUUUUUUAUGUAAAUGACUCACGUGCAGGUUGAGCAACUUUCCGUCAGUUUGGAAAGAGAAUCGAUGAGAUAUAAGCAGCUGGAAUCGGCAAGUCGCGAUCUGCAGGAACAGUUGUAUUCCAUGAAGCAUUUACAUAGGAAACACGAACGGCAAGAAAAGGGACAGCGGCACCUUGAAGGGGAAGUGGCUGACUUAAAGAGACAUCUGGAGUCAAGCAAAAUGGAUCAGAGCACAAUGGAAAACUUUAAAAGGGAAAUAGAAGAGAGAGGGAGGCAAGAGCUACAACAGAAAUUAGAAGAAGUCAAUCUGUUCCUUCAGGUAAUAAUGUCCAUAUGAAGUGUUUUCACUAAAUACAUAGGGUGUAAAUGGAGAGUGAGGUGUGUUGGUGAGAUUGUAGAAUUUUGCAUAUGGGAUGGGGGGAAUUUAAGGCGGCCCAGCAGAGCCCUCAAAUUCAUUAGUCCCAUCUCACAACACAGGGGAUAGAUAUAUUUACAUGUUUAGCCUUGUAGAAUUUUAACCCUCAGUCUAAUCCCCUUCCCAUUUUAAUAAUGUAAUUAAAUGUUAUUUAUUUUUUUAAAGAAUUUCCUAAAUUUUGUGGUUAUUACUUCUUGUGCAAAAAGCUGGGAAGCAGAAAUCCCCAUAUUCUGAGGCAGUCGAGAUGAAUUCCAUGUUUGACAAAUUCCAUAUUUAAUUUAGGCGAUUCAUUUUUUGGUUGGAUGAAGACUGAACUCCUCUAAUUUUAUUUGCAAUUCUGGAAAAAUAGACCUAUUUGAUUGCAAAUUGCUUUUUGUAAAUACACGUGUAAUACUGGGACUACAUGUUUUGAAAUGCAGAUUUCGAUUUUAAUGCGUUAACGCCAAAUCAAGUUUACCAACAUUAACAUAUUUUUAUAAAGUAAGAAUUGCACAAUGCAGGAAGGGAAUGUAUUCUAUAUAUAUUUUCCCUCUGCAUUGAUGAUUUCACACAAUUUGUUUUAGACCCAAGCUGCAGCCCAGGAUUCCCUAGAGCAAAUAAGAUCUGCAAACGACGCAUCUCUACGGAGCCAGCUGGAAAGCAGAAUUCAAGAUUUAGAAUCCGAACUCCAUAGGAUUAAAACCCAACAGAAGGAAAGAGAGUGCCAGAAGGAAUCCUCUCUAACAGAACUGGAUCGGUUCAAAGAUUUGUACGCAGAAGAGAUGAAACUAAGAAAAGUACUGGCAUCAAAACUAGAAAGGUGUGUAGCAAUAUAACUUAUUCAGAAACUUGCAGCACUUUAUGGUGAAAAAUAAACGUCAAGUUUGUUGACUAAUAUGAAGUGGCAACGGAAAAAUAAAAUCUAAAGAUCUGACAGUUUGAUUUAACAGAAGUGUGAUUGACUUGGAGUUACAUUGUGUUGUUUAAGUGUUCCUUUUAUUUUUUUGAACAGUGUAUUUAAAUAGAUUAUAUUUUAUUAAGUAUUUAGGGAAAAGACAUAAACCCAUUAAAAAGAGCCAUUCACCGGUAAAGGCUCUAUAAUAUCAAACUGGGACAGACUCUAAGGUAGACUAAGGGUAAUGAUGGUGGAAGUUAGAUACCCUAAAAAGAUUUUAUAUAUUGACUACACAUGAUCUCAUGUGGCUAUAAUGAAAAGGCAAUACAGAAGCCCUAUGAAUCAAUACCACUAUAUAUCACUCUGAUAUAAAUUUGUGUGCCAUUUAUAUUGAACCAAUUGUGGCAAUAAAGAGAGGCAAAAAAGCCCUCCAAGAUAAAACCACUAUUCUGGAUUAGUGAUGUCGCGAACUUGCCGCGAACGGUUCGUGGCGAACUCCGGUCAGCUGACACAUCCCUGCCAAUCUCCAGCAGACCCUCCCACCUCCUGGACAGCAUCCAUGUUGAAGCUGCCUUCAACAUGGAUGCUGUCCAGGAAGUAGGAGGGUCUGGGAGGGAGGGUGUGCCGGAGAUUGGCAGGGAUGUGUCAGCUGACCGGAGUUGCGGCGAACAGUUCACAGCAAGUUCGCGAACGGUUCGCAACAUCACUAUUCUGGAUAAAAAGACAAUAUUAACAAUUUAACAAUAAAAAUUGUUAUAUUGUUACAUUGUUAAGAUUGUCUUUUCCUCUAAAUACUUAUUAACAUAAAAUCUAUUUAAAUAUAUAUUUUUCGUAUGUUAUUUGUAUAUUUUGCAAGGAACCUCGUUCUGUGUCCAUUGGAUUUGUUUCCUCUGGACAUUUAUGCAUUUGUCUUGGUUGUAUAAUGAACACUAUAGUCACCAGAACAACUACCGUUUAUUGAAUUUGUUCUGGUGAGUAGAAUCAUUACCUUCAGGCUUUUUGCUGUUAGCCUUGUCUUUUCAGAGAAAAUGCAGUGUUUACAUUACAGCCUAGUGAUAACUUCACUGGCCACUCCUCAGAGAGCUGUUAGAGAUCCUUCCUGGGUCAUGGCUGCCUAAAAUGCAUCCAAACAUUCAGUGUCUCCUCCCUCUGUAUGCAGACACUGAACUUUCCUCAUAGAGAUUAAUUGGUUCAAUUCAUCUCUAUGAGGAGAUGCUGAUUGGCCAGGGCUGUGUUUGAAUCAUGCUGGCUCUGCCCCUGAUCUGCCUCCUUGUCAGUCUCAGCGAAUCCUAUGGGGAAGCAUUGUGAUUGGAUCAGGCCACAUGAUGUCAGCAGACUGCUUGUUUUUCUGAGGCAAACAGCAUGCAGAGUUACAGCUUCAGGCUUGAGUACAGUAAGAUUUUGCUAUAUUUAUGGAGGCAUGAGGGGCCCAGUGGGGUUAGAUGGUAGUGUUAACACUAUAGGGUCAGGAAUACAUGUUUGUGUUCCUGACCCUAUAGUGAUCAUUUAACCCCCUUAAGGACACAUGACGUGUGACAUGACAUGAUUCCCUUUUAUUCCAGAAGUUUAGUCCUUAAGGGGUUAAGGGUUACCCCCUUUUUUGGUUCUCUUGUACACACCAAUAGUCCCUUUGUGGGACUCUGUGUUUUUUCCAACAUAACACUUUUCAACAUCUUUACAGAACAAGUGAAAAGCUUGAAGAAGCGAAUACCAAGCUGCUUACUGAAAGGCAAAGAAGCAAAUCACUAAUUGCCAGCAGUAUUGUAAAUGGAAGCCUAGCUACUAGCCCUAUUCUAGACUCAAGUCAGCUUGGACUUCACGCCAGGAAUUUGGCAAUGAAUGGGGGUUUUGGACUUGGAGGAAGUUUUCUAAGUUCGACUGGAAAUGGAUUAACAGUAAACCGAAUAGAUUCCUACCUUGCACAGGUCAGCCACAACUGCUUUUCAACUCUGCUUUAAGCUCUGUUAAUAAGAAUUGGUGUUUUCCCACUUCUGUAUAAUAGUUUAAUAAAAAUGUGAGAUUCACCACUUAUUCAUAAUGUUGUAUUAAAUUGUUUGUCUUCCUACUUAACAUGCCAAGAUUAUUUAACAGAUUACAUUUCAUUAAACAUUGAAUAUAUCAUUAAUCAUAAAGGUAAAAACGCAUUCUAUUACUUAACGUUUGUGGGUGAGGUUUUUGGGGGGGAGGGGAGAGGAGAGGGGUUAUAUAUAUAAUACUAACUCUUUCUCCAUCACUGGAGAAAGAUUACCAUGAUUUUGGUUCUUGAAUGUUACACUUGCAAUUUAAUUUUCGAUUACAGCAAAUUCAGUGCAUUGCACAUAUGUGAGGUAAUUGCUGAGAGAGCAAGUAGGAAAAUCUGCUUGGUUUUAAUGUUCUUCAUCUCAAGUCAGGACUCUGCAAAGACGCCAUGCCUUUGGCCAUUGAUAAAAUGAUGUAUUCAGAAAGUUGAUUGACAGGUGAAUGGAAAAGAAUGAGGAUGGUUGAAAGGUGAACUAGUGAAGGAAAUGGAAUAAGGAAGGAGGGGAGUGGAAUAACGAUGGUAUAUGGAGAGUGGAUACGGAGGCUGUGGAAAGAAAGUGAGUAGAUGAAAGAGAAAGAUACACUGAUCAGCCACAACAUCAAAACCACCUGCCUAAUAUCCUUGCAUUAUUCUGCUGGAAAAGAAUACUGCCAUCAGGAAACACCAUUGCCAUGUAGGGGUGUAAGUGGUCUGCAACAAUCUCUAGGUAGAUGGCAUGAGUCAAAGAACAUACACAUGGAAGCCGGGACCCAAGGUUUCCCAGCAGAACAUUGCCCAGAGCGUAACGCUGCCUCUGCCGGCCUGUUUUCUUUCGCAUCAUGCUGCCAUCUCUUCCCUAGGUAACAGACGUACACGCACCUGAUCUAAAAGAAAACGUGAUUCAUUAGAUCAGGCAAUCUUCCAUUGUUUUAUGGUCCAGUUCUGAGGGUCAUGCCCCCACGUAGGUGAUUUUAGCAGUGGACAGGUGUCGGCUACGCACCCCUAUAAACAUCAAACUGUGAUGCACAGUAUGUUCUGACACGUUUCUAUCAUGGCCAGAAUUGCCUUUUUUGUUUGUUUUUUUUGGUGCUACAGUAGCUCAAUGAGUGUUGUGCGCCCAUGACUCUUACGCCGAUUCACCGGUCCUUGCACCACUUUUGGAAGGUGCUAACCACUGCACACUCGCAACACCCUACAAGACUGGCCAGUUGGGAAAUGCCCUGACCCAGUUGUCUAGCCAUCAUUAUUUGGCCCUUGCCAAAGUUACUCAGAGCUUUUUACUUUCUCAUUUUGUUUGCCAUUGUAACAGUAUAAUCAGUUCUCCACCUUACCAGCCAGUGGUUGUAAUGUUGUGGCUGACCGGUUUAUAUACUUGGUUCUUUUACUAUUUUUGUUGCUCAUUUUGAGUUGAAGUUAACUAAUGAUAAACAUGAGGUCACCGAAUUCCCGAAACCUCUGUCUUCUCUAGCCUCUUCAUAUCUCCCUAAAGCAGCACUGAGAAUUGAAUAAAGUAAGCGGUUUAUGAGACCGAUGCUUUUAAUAGAUAACAAGCUAAUAUUAAUGAAAGAACUGCAAUCUACAAUUUAAGGUUUACUGGAAAACCACUUAGUUUAAAAACCGUUUCCCAGCAAUGCAUUUCAUGUGUUAAUGCAUGGAAAAUGAAAUGUACUAAUUAUUAUUUAUUUAUAAGGAGACAAUGUAUGCCGCAGAUCUGUACAGCAGAUAAAGAGACUGAAACUACAUAGAAGUUUAUGAAAAUAAACAUUUACCAAUGUAGAGUUAAUAUUUUAGUAAAAAAAUUGAUAUUUGAGGGUUCAGUUUAGUAUAAGCAAUGCUAGCAGGAUAGUGUUAUCAACAGCAACUCCUGCUGAUCAGUAAUUGUGUAAAGGUAAUGGGGGAUGUACAUACUGAUGGGAUGAAUUCAUAAACAUAGAAUGUGACGGCAGAUAAAAACCAUUCGGCCCAUCUAGUCUGCCCAAUUUUCUAAAUACUUUCAUUAUUCCUUGGCCUUAUCUUAUAGUUAGGAUAGCCUUAUGCCUUUCCCAUGCAUGCUUAAACUCCUUCACUGUGUUAACCUCUACCACCUCAGCUGGACAGUUAUUCCAUGCAUCCACUACCCUUUCAGUAAAGUAAUACUUCCUGAUAUUAUUUUUUAUAAUGUAACUGUGCAUGAGCUUGGCUAGGAGAUUGUAUGCACCCAUCCACUGCACAUGGCCAUGGAGAGAAUACUAUAUAUCCAAAAAGCAUAAAAUAUAAACUUUAAAAAAAGAAUUGCACAAGGCUUAUUGUCCAAGAGUGUUGUAGCAGGCUGGUUAAAGCUCUUGAGUGAUAGUAUCAAGAGUGUCCCUUUUAGAUAAACACUUAACCCCUUAAGGAUACAUGACGUGUGACAUAUCAUGAUUCCCUUUUAUUCCAGAAGUUUGGUCCUUACGGGGUUAAUAAGAAAAUAAAUUGCACAUUAAAGGAACAAGCUAGUAUUGGGAAUACAAAUGUAUGUUCCUGAUGCUCAAGUGUUGUAACGGCUAAAACCACUGCUUAUCUUCCCCACAUGCUGCGCUGGUCUCGCCACCAGUUCUCCAACUUCUGAGAUUAUAAGUACUUAUGAUCUCAACCAAAUCAAUGAUUCCCCAUAGGAAAGUAUUGUGGGGGUGGGGGGCUAGUGCACAAACAUGCCAUUCAGUAUCUCCUCAUUAGCAUGCAUUGACUCAACGUAGCUCUAUGGGGAGCGAUCGGUGGAGACGUCAAAUGUUGGUUCUGUAGUCUUUUCAGGGUCGCAACCCGGAAGCCCCUCUAGUGGCUGUUUGAGUGACAGCCCUUACAGGUUGCCUUAGGCAGCAAUGUAAACACUGCCUUUUUUCAAAUUGUUCCUGCAGGCUGAGCAGUACAAACACAACUUUUUCUGUUUUCCUUAGAACCACCACAUUAAACAUUAGUGGAUCUGGUGCAUAGUGUCCCUUUAAAUACACCUUAUUGGGUCAUACAUUUUUAACAUAACCCUGUAUUGUGCCUCUUCCGUUUCUCUUUCUAUUUGAGGGGACAUCGGAUCACUCUAUAAACCAACAUCCUUUUAUAUAAUAAUCCGUGUUAUUUCACAAUUGUGUUUUUCAGAUGCAUCAUGACCUGGAAAAAAGUAUUGCUAAAGAAUUACAACAAGGUAGGUUAAUAGUUUUAUAGAAUUCUGAUAUACGUCUUGAUGCAGAAGAUAUUUUGGUUUGUGUAUAUCCCUAGGUAUUUGCUAUAAUAAGAUACUAGGUUCUAGGGACUUGGAUAUUUAUUUUUUGUAUAAUUAAAACUAAUUAUCUUUAGAACUAGUAAUGAAUGUAUUACUUCUUCGUUUAGGAUUUUUUUCACCUCCCAGAAUGCUGCAAAGCAUGAGUAAUACAAUUCAUUUUCUACAUCUGCUGUUUAAACAUAUCACUAUUCACAUGAGAUGCACAAAGUAGAGAUUGUUUGUGUUACCCCUGUUAAAAAAAUAGUCAUUCAUGUAUUAUGCUGAUUCUGCAUUGCAAAGAGCGGGUUUCUCCAUGACCAUUUAGAAAUCUUUAAAAAUGAAUCCUUAUGUAGAUGGAGCACCCUAACUGCAGGUAACAUAACAUUGCUAAAAGAAGUCAUUAUUUUGGAGACGUGUUUCUUUAAAAUGACCCUCCGGAAACACGUACUUUAUGCAGUGUGUACUUUAGGGUGCAGUUGUGUAACUGAUGAUGAUUUUGCUCCUCAUGCCCACCCUUUCUGUGCCUCCCUUACAACCUGCAGAUUUUCUGUCCUUUGUUCUUGUCAAACUGCGAUACAGGGUGUAAUGGAGUAUAUAGGAGCUGUAGUUAAAUUCAUUGCUUUCUUAUAGAAGAAAGCUGACUGUUGAAAUAAAAUUACAGAAACCUUUGAUAUGCCCAUUAAACACUUUGUGGCAUAAGCUAAACAGUACGGUGGACACUUUGGUGAAUGUUGUCAUUGACUGAUUCACUUCCUGGUCUGAGCUGAGUUUUAACCCCGCAAUGUAAAACGCUGCAGUUUUGUAGAAACUGCAAAUGCAGAAUUUGGUUGGCGCAGCACAGUGAUUAGCUGUGCAUGCGCAGUUGUGCCACAGUGCUUCCACAUGGGAUAGCAUUGCAUUGGUGAAGAUCAGCAGCAGCCAUGUUGAGACCAGCACAAUGAAAGAAGAAAUUUAAGUGAAACAUGCCUUUCAAACCCUCACAGGCAUGGAGGGGACAGAAUAUGAGAGUAAAUAGGUAGGGAAACACUAUAGCGUUAGAAGUACAUGUUUGUUUUCUUGACGCUAUGGAGUUUCUUUAAGGGUCAUCUGCUUAUUUUAUUUAGAAUACUAUUUUCCUGGCCAGGAAUCUUUCUGUAGUAUAAUUAAAGAAUCAUAUUUUUGAAAUUAUCUCAAUUUAUUGUUUAAUUUCAGUUUGAUUUAGACAUUAAAUAAUUCAGCUCGAUUAGAAUGAAAAUUCUAGAAUAGUUCAGUGUCACCUUUUCUGACCAUAAUAUAUACGUAUGAGUAAGGAAGAAAUUGUAUAAAGCAGAGAAAGUUAAUUACAAAGUAACUAAAAAACAUAACAAGACUCUAGAUCAGGGGUAGGCAACCUACGGCACUAGUGCCAUGCACGGCUCUCGAGGUGUCUUUGCACGGCACUCAAGGCUGCUAGAGCCAAACGCACUCUGGCCUAUCAGGAGUCCCAGUAAAACUUCAGAUAUCUGCUAAUACGAAGAGGUGGUGAAGGACAAUCCUCAAUUUAUGCAUUGCAGCACACAGAUUUCAGAUUACUUCCUCUCAGCACUUCCUCGACCGCUAUUGCAACUCCUGUCCUUGACCUGUACCUGGCCAGCCUGGUCCCCACUGGAACCCACCCACACUGCUAGAUAUACACAGAAAUGCAGAAUAACCCUCCCUCAUACAAAUAAUAUGAACAACCCACACACAAUCCCCAAACGCAACACCCCUAACUAUAUACAUACAUGCACACAACCCCACAUGCAGCCUCUCACAUGCAAUACCCCAAACAGCCCCCACACACUAGCAAACACACAAUGUGACAUAUCCAUCCACACACCAUUCCACAAGCAGCCCUCAUACACAGCCCACAUUCAUAUGUAUCAUACACGAUACCACAAACUACUCAUGAACGUAUGCAAUAUAAUUUAUAUACGCACAAAUAAAACAAUACAAAGCAAUUACAGUAAAAAUAACACAAGCAGAAUAUGGCCGCAUACACACCUCAAUUUAAAAAAAAUAGUAUCGGCACGCUACGGGACAUCACAAUCCUAUAUCGGCAUAGUGCUGUUAAAAGGUUGCCUACCCCUGCUCUAGAUAUUAAAAUUGUAAAAUAACUAACAAAACCUAGUCCUAGCGUACACCCACUACCUGUUUCACAAAUCACACCGUCCAUUUGUUUAUAGCUUGUAUGUAUUAUCAAAACAAAUGGUCACUUUUAUCACUGGGUCGUCAAAACUUGUUUCUCUCCAGCAUCGCGUGGUACCCUGGAAUCAGUGGGAAAUAAAUCAAAUAUAUAUAUAUAUCAUUUCAAGUAGCCAAUGUAUUUUCCAUACCAAAAUAAACAUAUCUUUAGAUCUUUAAUGUUUAAAUAAAUAUUGAUAUUCAAAAUACAUUGUUUAUUAUUAUAAUAUGGUAAAAUGGUUUUGUUGGAAAGAAACAUGUUCUGCUAUGACCGAUGUAGGUCACUCCACCACACACAAAGAGUGCAAACAUAAACUAAAAAAUUAGUGAGAACACACAGAUAAUAUACAAUUUUACCAUAAAAUGGACAAAAGGUAUAUACACCUUAAAAACUAAACAGAAAAUAGACCAUGGGGUAAUAUUGCACAUACAAAGAAAAUAAAUAAGCACACAAAUGGUCCCACACACAUAAUGCUGAGCCACUCAAAUAGCUGGCUCAGACUUGAAUGGAAGACGUCUCCUGAGAUCGGCUGUAUACCAUAUGCCCAGCUAUGCUGUAAGUGUUAUCCUCCAAUAUAAAUCCAGGAUGCAGGAUAGAAGGUUCUAAAAACUCCAAUUUAUUAGACAAAAACACAAUAGAUACCAAAUCCCAAUAAAGGGAAAAUAUUUUUUUUUAUUUUAUAAUUAUGUAUAUUGAAGAUUACUUUUCAGUUUUAAUAUUAAAAUGCAACUGUCAUGGAACAUACACGUUGGAUUUGAAUUUAGAGAAGAAAACAUUGACAGACGCACACGCACAUCUGACAGAAGAGCAGGAGAACCCUCCCGCAGGCAGUCCUUCCUGUGUCUGUCACAAUGCUAUUCCAGUGCAGGCACAGCUCAUGCUUGCUGGGAGAAUAUUGGAAUGCGGUGACAGGUGGCACUCUGCUUCAACUCCAAGGUAUCUGCAUCCAUGUAGAACUGCACAUGCGUUGCUUUAGGAGUUAUGUUUUACGCUGUACCUGUCUUGAUAGGUUUACUGUGAUAAUUAAUCAUAUGUGAAAAGGUAAGAUUAGGAAGUAGUGAUCAUUUAGACCGGUUUUGUGAAACUAACGAUGGCCCACUUUUACAGGUAAUUCAGAACUGGAGACGGGAUACACCAGGGUUCCUCCUGUCGGUUCAACAGCUGCAACUUUAAGAAACCCGGACACAGAUCUAGACCCAGUAUCUAGAACUGCCCAGCAAUAUCUCGAGGUUCUAAAGAAGAAUUACAUGAUCUAGACACUAGUGAUAUUUUAUGGACUGUAAAUCGUUUACACUAAAUGGUUAUAUUUCAUAAUGUGAAUAUUGUUGUACCUGGUCUUUGUGAAUAAUAAAUGUUACAUUGCACAUUGCACUUGCAGGAAAAUCGGUUAACUUGAGAAACAUGUUGCCUAUAGCCAUGCUAAGUGUUUGGGAUAGAAUAAAUUACAAAACAAUGCAUUCCUAUUAUUAAAUUGAUAAUGAUGCAAGGUUAUUCAGUAAAUGGGGAAUUGACUAUUUUUCAGCCUAAAGUUUACAUUUCCGCUUUCAAUUCCCCUUAAGUCCCGGUUUGGUUGAAAUUCCUCCAGAUUUGUGGGGUGUGUGGACAAAAGGGUACUUUGAUGUAGUUUUUGUUUACAUCCAAUAAUGCAGGGACAUUUUGAUGUACAUAACCUUUUGUGAAUUUGCAACAUGCAUAUAAGUAAACAUCCUGCCUUUUGGUAACCUGAUCAUUUUUUUUAGUUUAUUUUGGUUUUUGUCUUUUAAACAUUCCCACAACUGUUCGAUUUCUGCGGUACAUUUUAAAUAUUUAUUUUAGCAAAUGAAAAUGCAUGUUGUUGAGGCAUAUUUUACCUGCUAAACUAUUUUUUUUACCAGAUGUAUUUUCUCCACUGUAUUUAGUCAAAAUGUUAUACAUGUAUGUUAAUGUAUUUGUCAUGUUUUCAAUUCCUAAAUAUUUCAUUAGCAAAUGUUUAUUUGCUAAAUCUAUAUCCUGUGACAGUAUUUACAAACAAAUACAAUUCUUAGUGCCAAGAAAGUUUUAGAAUGUAUUUUUAUAAAGUGUUUCGGUAUAUCGGUAAAAUGAAAUCCUAAACAAAUUUUUAUUUUGGGGGCAUUCAAAACAUAUCUUUGAUUUCAUGUAAAAACAUGUUUCUGUAAUGGUGAAGUUUCACUAAAUAGUGAAUUGUGAUGAAUUAAAAAAACUGAAUUUGAAAAUGAGCCUAAAGUUUUUUCCAAAUCAGCCAUUUAAGGCUAAAUUUAGAAAAAACAUUUUCAUUUUAAAUAGAAUUCACUUUAGAAAAAAUGGCUGGGAGAAUAUCCUACUGGCUGUGGACUGCCACAAGGGUUUUUGUGCUAUGGCUAGCAUGGGGUGGUCCUAGACUGCUGCUAAGAUUAAUUAUUUACACAAUAAAGCAAUAUGCGGGCUUGUUACUGCAAAUCACUGGGUACCUGCUACUUGUAAUUCAGGAUAGCAUAAUUGCUGAUAAUUAUAGUAUGUGGAUUAAAUAGGAAAGGUUUCACAUGGAUAUGUACAUUUUAUAAAAAAAGAUAACUUAUUUCAACCGUAACACUAAUAUUUUGCAGCCAGUUUAGCUUUUCAGUGUCUGUCUCUCUUUUGCAUGUCAAAGACCUUUUAUAAGUUUAUUGAUAUCAAACCAGAUAUAAAUAUUUUCAGCUGCUGGUAUAUGGUCACUGUAUAAAGUGGCAAACGAUAUAUAUAUUUGCAAAUCUUGUAUAAAUCCUUAAUAAAAUCUGUUCAAGUACUUGUUGUUUUG